AUGUACGGCAGCCUGCAGUCACCACACUUCCCAGAGCCGUACCCUGGAGAGUCGCAGCUGUGCUGGAACAUCAGCGUCCCUGCCGGCUUCCACAUCAGACUGUACUUCAGCCACUUUGACCUUGAGCCGUCUUACCUGUGCGAGUAUGACUAUGUUAAGGUGAGAGCCUGUGGCAUCAUGGGAAGUUCCUUAGCUCUCUAGCACACACACACAUACAUACACACACACAGACACACACACACACACACACACACACACACACACACACACACACACACACACACAGAAAAAGACAGAUGAUUAGCCUGUUACCUCGCUGCCAACAGGAAAAAGCCCACACACUCUUUAUUUAUCGGCAGCUAAUUGGUGUGAGUGUGUAUGCAUGUGUGUGUUGGUGUGUGUGUGUGUAUGUGUCCUGCAGGUCGUUGCCACUCAGUAUAAACUCUGUGUGGUGUGGUGUGGUUUGUGUGUGUCAGUGGGUUCACGAUAAGAACAAACUCUUCUGCUCUGCAGUAAACAUACACAGUCAUCCUGUAAACACAGCAGCAGAUAAGCCAGGCACCUCCAUCAUCAGCCAAUCAGAGUCCAGCAUUUUCUCAAACUAUGUGAAACAUUGAAACGAAGUAUCUUUGACGCAGUCAUACUAAAAGACCCACUCCAAUGAAAAUCACGUUUUUCUUGCUGUCUACAUGUUCAUAUGGCAUUUUUCUGAUGCUUCAGGACAUGUAAUGAAAAAACUAAGUGCGAAAUUGCAUUUCUGUGUAUUUCUGCAAUCAAAUCGCUCUAAACCUCUGGCAGACCCAAAGGGCAGGCUCAGAUAAAGUGAGAUUUCCUAUGUCACAAAUCCAGGCUCCACCCCCGGAUCCCCGCUAUGCAGGCCAGACUCAAAAAAUAGGGAGGAAAAUUGCAGAACAAGCGUGUGUAUUUGAGGGUUGCAAUGCUCGCGAGAAAGCUAAUUAUGAUAUUAGCUUUCAUCAUGUCCCCAAAGACAUUAGUGCCCGAGAGCUGAAUAGCUCCUAUGUUACCUGCCGCUUCUACUACACCGGCAAUAUUAGGUUACAAGCUUGUGUUAAGGAGUGUGCAGAGCAGGGCUUUCUCCGCCCAUGACUUAGAGCCAAAUUGCUUAUAAACUACUGGAGAUCUGCAGAAGAAAAGCCCUUGAAAAUGACACAGUUAACAUGGCUUUGCCUUAAAACUUCAUAAUCACAAUUUAAAGACCACUGAUAACACUUUGAGUAGAAAAAAAAACAAUCAGUGGGACUUUAAGGAAUACAUCAUUAUCAAACUUUGUUAGACCUCUGAGCUGAAUCAGUGCAGCUAUGGUCAGCAGGUUAGCUGGAGGAGGACUAUGGUCCUGUUCUGUGUUCAGGGGCUGGACUCUGGGCUCAGAUUAGGACUGUGGUUUUUGGCCUGGUCUCUGGAUGUUUUCUCAAGUUAUAUCAGAUCCAGGCUGACCAUGGCAUCUGGACUGUUUCAUAUUUCAGGUGGUGGCAGAUAGGGAGGUGCUGGGGUUGUUCUGUGGUUGGGAGGAGACGGACACAGAGGUGGUUCCAGCUCAGCAGGUCAUCACCUCUCCCAGAAACACCCUCAGUGUUGUGUUCUCCUCUGAUUUCUCCAACGAAGAGAGGUACUCUGGUUUCAUGGCUCAUUACAGUGCCUCAGGUAAGUACAAGAGAACGUCCAAACCCUUCCAUUAACCAGGCAGACCACACCAAAAACGCAUCUCACUGCAGUUCCCAUGACGUCCAGCAGGGGACGCUGAUAUAAACUGUACUGUGUGAAGCAGAAUAAAAAAUGUAACUUCUCUGCAGGACAAGUCCAGCCUCUCCUCUGUCAUACCACUGUAUAACAGUUUUUCUCCUUUGGUUUGGCUCAUUUUUUGAAACCGAAAUUACAUUCUCAGAACUCUAAGAUCAUUUGGUAAAACAGUUUCACAGUUCAGCACAACACAAUGGUUCACCUGCGGAGGCUCAUACCUAGAGCUGCACGAUAUAUUGUUUGAGCAUCAUCAUCGCAAUGUACGUGUGCACACUAGUCACAUCGCAGAGCCUGCAAUGUCGGAGGUGAAUGAACUUACCUAAUUUUAAGGGUAGCUGACUGAGAUACACUCCAUGUGACUCUGCAUGUGCUGUGCAACGAUCCACCAAUCACAUUCCUUCUUUACUCAGUUGCCAAUCAGACUACCCUGCCAGCCAUCAAUCAAAAUCAGAGGAGGAAACCACGCCCCUGCACAUGUCCUGCACAUGGAGUGAGUCGCUGGUGCUGCCGGUGUUGUGCCAAGAAAGGCAUGCCCGCUGAGACGUACUUUCAGAACAUUACCCAUCACUGUUUAGCCCACAAAUAAGCCCCACAAAUAAGAAUUGUAUGGGUUUUAAAUUGUACAUUUCCAUGGCUCACUCUGCUAUAAGCGGUGUGCGUUUUGCGAUGUGCAUGCAAUUCUCGGAGGGCAUGCGUUUCUUGGCACAACACUGGUAACAACAACGACAAUCGCAUAAUGAGCAAUGAACAAGAGGAAACCACUGAAAAUGAAGACUUGUUGCUAAAAAGAAAAGCAAAGUCGGUUAUCUGGAAUUAUUUUGGUUACAAGAACGAUGAUGUUGACCAAAACAUGUGUUCUGUGUCUGCAGUGCCUUUCAUCUGUUGCCACAAUAAUGUCCCAGCACAAUAAAAGGAAGCUAGAAAUAUCUCUGAGACAGGCAGAAGCCAUUCUACUAACAUUCACAAAGAGGUAAGAACACAGCAGGUUGAUUGUCCUCAAGAUUUCAGCCUUGCAGCAUAGCAUAAAGUGCUAUACAGGUCUUUUGGUGAAAAUUCCUGUAUUUUUUAAUAUCGCAAUAUAUAUUGCAGGGUUGAAAAAAAUCGCGAUGUUAGUUUUUCCCAAUAUCGUGCAGCCUUACUCAUAUCUCUCCCAAAACUGUCCAUUCAUGCUUCACAACCAAUCCCCUUCUCAUAUAAAUAAACAGUGCCACCAAAAAUACAGAUUCUUCUCGAUUGCUUUGACUCAUUUCUGUAAACAGACCAAACGUUCUCAAAACUCUUGGUGCUUUUGCCAAAAUAACCUGGAUGGUUCAGCACAACACUGUGGUUCACCUGCAAAAACUCAUAUCUCUCCCAAAACACUUAACUCAUACAUCAAAACUAAAUUCUCUUCUCAUGUAAAUAUUCAGUGCCCCCAAAAUGCCUUAUCCCUUUGGCAUUAUGCAAGCACUGGAAGUCAGAAAGUUUUGUUGUUUUGUUAUUAUAGCAGAUGACCAUUGAAAUAUCCCUUAUGUCCACCUCUCAGUCUUAGCCCAGUCCUUUAUUGGCAAUGGUUACCGUUUUUUUUUUUUUUUUGUCCAGCUAACUGAAUAUCAUUGUUUAUAAAAGAGAAAAAAAGGAUUUCACAGUAAGAGUAGUCACCAAAGUUUGACAUCACACAUUGCACUUAUACCUCCAUCCUCCACACUCAUCACCUGUAAUGUCUUCACACACAGCAUCCAUUACAUCGAGCAGAGACCUUUGAUUUUGAGCCAGAUGAUCAUCCACUCUCCACCCCCAAACAGAGAAUAACUCCUCAAUAGGAUUGAGGAAAGAAGAUUACGGUAGUAGGUGCACCAUGACCAUCUUUGGAUGAGUAGUGAACCAGACCCUGACGAGUGGGUCAAGGUAAAAAUUCACAUUGUACCACACAAUUACCUAGUUUGGUAGGUUAGGUCCAAUGAGACCUCUCUCUUGUAUGGACCAAGAUUGGGGAUGUGAGUGGCCACACCAUUCUUGGAAAUAGCAGCACACAUAGUUAUAUUGCCCCUGCCAUGGCCAAUAAUGUUAGGGCCAUGUCUUUGGCUCUUUGACUCGUCUUUGACGUUUUGUUGUAACACGUUGCACUAGAGAAAGCAGACUGAAUGGUCGGCUGUUUCGGCUGCACAGGCACCAUGGGCCCCCUGCUUCCCUCAGGGUUUGUAUCCUUUUGCAUUGCACAUGCUCUGCCACGUGGCACUGCUUCAGGUGAUGAAAAAGAUUUUAUGGAAUUCCCAAACUUUGUGAGAACAUGUACUCAACGUAAUUUGCAGUGCACAUUACUCUUCUUCAUGUCCAAUUUAAAAAAAACAAAAAAGCUCCAUACCACCAAUGUUUUUGUGCCAGUGUUGUCAAAGGUGUUAUCGUCUGUUGAGCCUUCAUCUGCAUUUUUGCUGUGGGUAGCACUCAUUUUCUUUUUUUUCCCACCAACAGUGCUGUUGGUUUUAUGUAUUAAAGUGCUAUGGUUUGCUUGUAGCUGCAGCCUACAAAGUUGUUUGAUAUUUGGUUCUAAUUUAGCAGAUGAUUGGUUCAGCGCGAAGCGGACCUGGAGCAACUCCCCUUUUCAUUGCCUAUGCGUAGAGUCACUAUCGAAAAGUAUAAUGACAUAUGUUCUUGACUAAUUUUGACAAUUGAACAGACUAACGUGCAUGUGAUGACUUAAACAAAAAAUGAUGCUGACAUGUUUUGGAGAGAACAACUAUGAGACUGAGAAGUCAACAAUCAGUUUAGAUCAACAAGACCUAUUCACUUGGAAAGUGUGCUUAAUGCAGGCUAUCUGUAUGUAAUCAUAAUCAAGCUGUACUGAGACAUCGAGACAUGUAAGACAUUUGCAGUGUGAUGAAAUGAAGGAGAAAUUAAGUUCUGUUGUGAACAAAUGCCAAGUAGUUUGGCAGUUUGUCCAUGUUUUUUAUGAAUUUAAUUUCUGUUUCAAGAAAUCAGCCAAACCAAAGGAGAAAAACUGUAAACCCAGUACUAAAACUAAAACCAAAAGAAAAAACAAAGAAACUGAAACUACAAAGAGGACGGACAUCAAAAUUAGAAUCAAGUCUACAGAGUGAACACCAGGGCACAAACCAGGACCACAACCAGAUCAAAAUUAAACUUCCCAGGAUUUAAACCAGGCUUAUCUAAACCAGGUUUAUCUUAACCAGGUUUAAGCGGAGGACUUAAGUCAGAAAUAAAAUAAAGACUCAAUUUAAGACUUAACUUUAAACCAUGUAACUAAAAACAUAACCAAAAUUAAAACAAAAAAUUAUACGUAAUCUAGACAGACAAACACAGAUAGACACAGUCACACACAGACAAACACAGACAGACACACACAUACACAUCAGACAUACAGAUGGACAAACAGACAUACAGACAGAAACAAACACACAGGCAGACACACACACAUACACGGACAUACGGUCACACAUACAUAUGGAUUCAAAUAUAUUAUGGCAUAACUGCAGUUCUUGGGUCUAACACUAGUACAGCAGUACUGUUGUAUUAAAGUAAUUCUGUUACAUGAUACUGAUUUGAUGGAAGCCUGCACUCCUGACUCCAGCUGAUUCCACCCCCUUUAUCUAAAGAUGUAGAUGAGUGCAGCGAGCAGGUAGAUGAAGAUCUCCUUUGUGAUCAUCUGUGUCACAACUACAUUGGGGGAUACUAUUGUUCCUGUCGCUAUGGUUACCGUCUGCACUCUGACAACCACACCUGCACUGGUAAGAUUGCUGCUGUCUAUCAAAGUUUCAGAUGGACAGGUGUAAAUGUGUACCAAUAGCUUUGUAUCUGUGUACACUGUGGGCUGUGUUUCGAUGUGUACUAUAGGCUGUGUAUAUGUGCGUGCUAUAGACUGAGUAUAUGUAUGUACUAUAGGCUGUCUACAGAUGUGCACCAUAGGCUGUUAAUAAGUGUGUACUAAAGACUGUGUGUAGGUUUGUACUAUAUGCUUUGUGGUGUGUUCGAUAGGUGCUGUAUAUGUGUGAACUGUAGGCUGUGUUUGUGUGUUUUAUAGGCUAUAUACUGUAUACAGUGGAUAUCUAAAGUCGACACACCCCUGUUCAACUGCCAGGUUUUAGUGAUGUAAGCAAAUGACAGCAAGAUAAAUAUUUUCACUCCUUUUUCCACCUUUAAUAUGACCUAUAACCUGUACAAUGCAAUUGAAAAACAAACUGAAACCUUUAAGGAGAAAAAUAAAAAAUAGAAACGUUAAAAUAACCUGGUUGCAUAAAUAUGCACACCCUUGAACUAAUACUUUGUUGCAGCACCUUUGGCUUUUAUUACAGCACCCAGUCUUCUUGGGUGGGAGCCUGUCAGUGUUGCACAUCUUGAUGUGGCAAUAUUUGCCCACUCUUCUUUGCAAAGCGCUCCAAAUCUGACAGAUUGCGGGGGCAUCUCCUAUGUACAGCCCUCUUCAGUUCACCCCACAAAUGUUCGAUGGGAUUCAGGUCUGGACUCUGGCUGGGCCAUUCCAAAGUCUCAAUCUUAUUCCCGUGAAGCCAUUCUUUUGUUGAUUUAGAUGUGCGCUUUGGGUCAUUGUCGUGCUGAAAGAUGAAGUUCCUCUUCAUCUUCAGCUUUCUAGCAGAAUGCCAAAGUUUUUGUGCCGAUACUGACUAGUAUUUGGAACUGUUUAUAAUUCCUUCCACCCUGACUAAGGCACUAGUUCCAGCUGAAGAAAAACAGCCCCAAAGCAUGAAGCUGCCGCGACCAUGCUUCACUGUAGGUUUGGUGUUAUUUUGGUGAUGAGCAGUGUUGAUUUUGCACCAAAUAUACCUUUUGCAAUGAUGCCCAAAAAGUUCAACUUUGGUUUCACCAGACCAUAACACAUUUUCCUACAUGCGUUUGGGAGAUUUCAGAUGUCUUUUUGCAAAAUUAAGCCAGGCUUUGAUGUUUUUCUUUGUAAGAUAAAGCUUCCGUAUUGCCACCCUACCCCAUAGCCCAGACAUAUGAAGACAGCAGGAGAUUGUUGUCACAUGUACUACACAGCCAGUGCUUGCCAGAAAUUCCUGCAGCUCCUUCAGCGUUGCUGUCGGCCUCUUGGUAGCCUCCCUGACCAGUUUUCUUCUUGUCUUAUCAUCAAUUUUGGACAGAUGUCCUGUUCUUGGUAAUGUCAGCGUUGCCCCAUAUUUUCUACACUUGAUAAUGAUGGUCUUCACUGUGUUCCAUGGUAUAUUCACUUCCUUGGAAAUUCUUUUGUAGCCCUAACCUGACUGAUAUCUUGGAAUAAUGAGAUCCCUCUGAUGCUUUGGAAGCUCUCUGCGGACCAUGGCUUGUGCUGGAAGAUGUGGCUACAAAAAUGUCAGGAAAAGCCUACUAGAACAGCUGAACUUUAACAUUGAUCAGAGGCAUUUUAAUUGGUAACAGGUGUGUGCUGACUCCAAUUCACCUGAGUUUGAAUGUUAUUGGUUAAAUCUGAACACAGCCACAUCCCCAGCUGUUAAAGGGUGUGCACACUUAUGCAACCACAUGAUCUCAGUUGUUUAUUUUUACUUCACCUCCCUGAAAGAUUUCUGUUUGUUUUUCAAUUGUGUUGUACAGGUUAUAGGUCAAAUGAAAGAUGGAAGAAGUUGUGAAAUUAUUAAUCUUGAUUUUUUUUUUUACAUGACAAAAACCUGGCAGUUAAACAGGAGUGUGUAGAAUUUUUAUAUCCACUGUAUGUGUGUACUAAGAGAUGUGUAUAUUUGUGUUCUAUAGGCUGUUUUUGACCUGCUUUAGUUUUUAAAUCCUUUAGUCUCAGACUUUGUGUUGCAGCUCUACAGACUUCAGGAGCUUUAACAUGUUUCUGUUUGACAUGAGGAGAAUGUGUGUGUGUGUGUGUGUGAGUGUGUUUGUUUGGGUGCUCGCACUUACGUAUCUACGUGUUUUUGUUACAGCUAAGCUGCAUUCCAGCAGAUUGAUCACACACACACACACACACACACACACACACACACACACACACACACACACAAAGAGAGAGAGAGAGCGAAAGAGUUGAAAUCCUUAGAAAGUGAUUUAAAACUAUGUGUGUUUGUGUGUGUGUUUUGUAUGUGUGUUUCAGUGGAGUGUAGUGAAGAUGUGUUCAGGGAACGUUCUGGUGCUUUAAGCAGUGUUGAUUUUCCUUCCGCGUACCCAAAGAGUUCUGACUGUUCGUAUCGGAUUGAGGUUGAGCCAGGCUUCAGACUCCGCCUCUUUUUUGAUCCUCGCUUUGACGUGGAGGAUCACCCAGACAUCGACUGCCCCUAUGACUAUGUCAGGGUAAGAGGGGCACAGACGCAUACACAAAAACAUUUGCCUGUCAGUGAUCAUCUGGUGGUUUGGUAAGACUUGGUGCCAACAGGACCUUCAGACCUUUUUGAAUUAGGGGAAUCAGCAACUCUCAUACUGCUGCAGUCUGAGACCAUGACCAUCCAGAGUCCACUGCUGUACAGAAGAUUGUUUGUUUCCCUUUUUCAACAUUCAGUAGUUCAUUCAGAACAGCAGAAAAGCUGAAUGUUAGAAUGUUUUUAGUCAGAGUUUAGCUCUCAGUGUUUUUAUAGCAUAAUGACAAACCCAUGGACCACAGGAUCUGUUUACCCAAUCAGGAUACAACUCUACACACUGACUGACACUCUAACACCCUAACAGACAUUUAAAAAUACACAGACUGUUCCUUUAAGAAGAGAUCUACCCCGAAGGGAUACUGUAAUACACUCAGAUCAUGUUUUGUUUGUGUGUGUGUGUGUGUGUGUGUGUGUGUGUGUGUGUGUGUGUGUGUGUGUGUGUGUGUGUUUGUCACAGGUUAAAGCAGGUAGCUCAGACUUUGGUCCGUUCUGCGGAACCAAAUCUCCAGGAGAGAUUCAGACUGACAGCAAUGUCGUUACUGUCAUGUUCCACAGUGACAACUCGGGAGAAAACCUUGGCUGGAGAAUCACUUACACAUGUACAGGUAUGCGCACACACACUCACACACACAGAUUGACUCAAAUAACCAAUCCAAUCAAAACUCUUGACAAGAGUAAAUGUUCCAGGAAUUCCUCUAAAGAGGCAGCUGGACUUAUUGGGUUUUCUUGAAGACGUUUCGCCUCCUUUCCCAAAGGUUUCUUCAGUUCUGAGGGGGACUGUUUCUUGAGCUGGAAUACAUAGCCUAGCCUAGCCUGACAUCAUCAGUGUCAGAGGGCAUGGUAACCACCCCCUGACACUGACGAUGUCACCCUAGGCUAUAGAACUGAGGAAACCUUUUGGAGAAGAGGCAAAAUGUCUUCAAGAAUAUCCAAGAAGUCCAGCUGCCUCUUGAGAGGAAUUCCUGGAAUACCAUGACCUGGAUGAAUGAGAACUUUCAUUAACAAGAGUGAAUAUUGACAUAAAUCCACAUGAAUGGAGCAGAAACAGAUCAAACUUGCAUUACAGUUUUCUCCUUUGGUUUGGCUAAUUUUUUUGAAACUGAAAUUAAACUCACAAAAUAACUUGGGCAAACCUCUAAACUACUUGGCAUUUGUUUACAACAGAAUUGAAUUUCUCUUUCAUUUCAUCUAACUGCAAAUGUCUUAGUACUGUCACGGUUUUGAGUUAAGCAAAAAGGAAAGGACCCAAAUGCAGAAACAAAAGAUUUAUUCAAAAUGAACCAAAUAAAAUUUUACAAAAAAAACCCUCAGAAUGUCCAACAGAAAAACUCCCAAAGGCAAAAACACAAAAGGCAAAAUCCACAAGACACAAAAAUCCAAAAUCCAGCAAAGGCACUGGGGAAAAACCACAAGAAACACUGAAGACACUGGAGACACACAGUGGCACUGACAUACAACACAAAUUCACAAUGAACCAAGAAAGAAACAAGGGAAGACAAGGACUAUAUACAAUACAGGCCAAAAGUUUGGACACACCUUCUCAUUCAAUGUCUUUUCUUUAUUUUUUGUACGACUAUUUACAUUGUAGAUCAUCACUGAAGGCAUCAAAACUAUGAAUGAACACAUGCAAAAUUUUGUACUUAUAAAAAAAGUGUGAAAUAACUGAAAAUAUGUUUUAUAUUCUAGUUUCUUUAAAAUAGCCCCCCUUUGCUCUUGAUGACAGAAGUACUUUGUGACUGACUCUGUCAGUCUCAAAGUAACCCUAACAAGGCACACCUGUGAAGCAGCCGAGAGUGGGAGCUGAGCAGGAUUCUGCAAUGUUGAUUCCUGUUAAAUCUAUCAAUAAAAGUAAGAAGACGUGAAACUUCCCCCUGUGUCUGCUUGUGUACUCGGCUGCAACUUUCGCCUCAGACAAAGUGGGCGUGCUCGGAGGGAUUUUCCCAUUUUGUGACGCAUUCAUGUUCAUCUCAUAUUCCAAAUAGUGAUCAGGAUGUUUGGAUAUCAGGUGAUAAAUUAAACCCAACGUGAAUAAACUCUUUGCAGAUACACCCCUCUUGAAAUUUUAGCAUUAAACACUAUGCCAAUCACUAUUCGUAGCUCUCAGAAACAGGAAUACAGCCAUACCACAGCCACGUACUGGUUGUGGUUUUUGCUUGCAUUAUCAUAACAUCUGUUUUGGCUGUGUUGUUUCGGUGAGAAAAGUGUUUUGGCCCAAAACCAAAAAUGCAGUUUUUGGCCAUUUUCGGUGCAUCCCUAGAAUAUAGUUAGUAACAUAGUUUCUAAAUUUAUUCAUACUAACUCAGUGUGAGCCCUGGCCGUUUUUUACACAAAGCUGAUAUCCUGGCAGGAAUGGAAGAAAGAUACACAAAGCUCUUCCUCUACAGCUUUCCAGCCUCUCUCUGUUUUCAGUUUUUUUUCCAGGCAAUUAGCCACCUGCUGCCACCCAGUGACAUAGAAGAGAACUGCUCCGACGCUCACUUUAUUACAGCACAGACACUCGACAAUGGCUUAUUAUUUGCAAACUGGAUAAUUUCCCACGGCACACCUGACGAUCUCUCACGGCACGCCAGUGUACCUCGGCCCUAAGGUUGAAAAUCACAGUUAAUAUCCCUUCUCCCCUCUUACAAGUCAAGAGUUCAGUUUUGUUUAUAUGACCACGACUACCCGGGUAGAUUUUUCAGUCAUUUCUUAUCUAAGUUAGAAAGUGAAGUAAGACGUCUGGGGCUCUCUGAAGUGGACACCAUGGCUGGCCACACUGUGCUCUGUUCCUUCCUGGCUCGGCACCGAACCUCCAUGGAUUAGAAUCCGAAUCACUUCUUAUCCGGAAAAAAAACAAUCUACACAUAGGGCUCUAUUUUCGUGUACGCUGGUGAGGCGACGGAGGAUGGCGGUGAGCCCCGCGCAGUUGUAUUUUCGUCUGGCGGAGCCCGGCGUACAGCCAGUUUGGUAUUUUCGUGGACUGAGGCGCACGGAGGCGAGCCGAGAUCCGCCAAGCUGGGCGUGGUAGGGGGAGGUGUCGACAGAAUCAGCGGGCGCAGUGACAUUUUCGUGCUCACCAGUGGCGUGUAAAGUGCGCUGAAAGCUUGCCGAUUCAAACCUGGUCAGCUUUCAGCGCAGGCGGAACGCAGCUGGUCUAGUAGUAUUUUGGUAGACCGGCGGCGUAUCGGCAUACGUCACACAUGCCUUACCGGCAGGUUUCCACAGUGUCAGGCACAUUUCAGUGCAAUAAAUAAUCAUCAACAACUAAUAAUCUGAGUUAGCACAUACAUUUAGAUCUAUUUAGAUAUAUUCUGAUCUAUAUCUGAUCUGAUGAGCGCGUUUGGCACGCGUUUGGACACACAACCUGACCGAAUCAACACAGCUGAAACCGCAUUAAAUUAAAUUAAAUAUCUAGUAAAUAGACACACAUGAUGAGGUGAACAAGAUAUGUAAUUCGUCUCCCUCCUUUUCUUUCUUCCUCUUCCUCUUAUUUCUCGCACAGCUCGACCUGGACACGUCUCCGUGUCCUCUCUCUGUCCUGCUUCAGCAGCAGCUGAACAGAUGAUUUGUUUCAGCACUCAGAUGCUUUAUCUACUUUAAGCCGACAUACGGAUAUUAUAAUAUUCAGUUUUGUGAGCCAAAUUUAUUUUAUAUGCCAACAUCUAUGAAAGAAAGAGCCAGGCCACAGAGCGCGAUGCGUCAUUUACGCACAGAUGGUUCCGAUUUUAAUGCCAUUUUUGGAGUUUAUGUUGUGAUCUGUGCACUCAACCCACCUUUGUCACAUGAGGUUUGAUAAUGAGCAACUUUAUGUGAGUGUCUUUAUUUGUGGAAAAGGGUGUCUUACCAGUGGGUCCAACAUUACACACACCAAAUCCAUCUGUGCUCAUAUGAGAGAGUGUGGAGGACGCCCAAUGCAGCGCUUACAGUGACACUUGUUGAAGAGCUGCCCUUUGUCGCCAUCGUGUGGCAUAACUGUCUUCAGACAUCUCUUGAUCUCCUUGACUACUUCAUGAAAAUAGUAAUACGCCUCGCCGGUGGCGGAUUUAAAGGCAAGGACUCGGCUGUGUUAAACCCACUCUCCGCCCUCUUUCCUCCCUCGCUACGACUUACGCCGCUGGGAGGAGCUGAGUUAGGGAGGGGGGAUACUUAUGCCGGGCUGCACCGCUCACCAAAAUACCAAAUUGUGCUUGGGAACGCCUUGUCAUGCGCCGCGUCACCGGCGAGGCAUGAAAAUAGAGCCCAUAGAGUGCAGAAAAUAUGAUCAUUUCACUAUUCUAUCACUUGCCAUCAUUUUACUUUUUCACUUUUUACUCUUAGUAUCGUAUAGCUAUAUCCAGAUGCAGGAUAUACAGCACUCAGAUAACUCUAAACUAGUCUGUACACAUUCACAGUGCAACACAAGUAUUUUUAUCAUGACAGUUAUCGAUUGUAAACUUAUAUUUUUAACAUAAAUGAACUUCUUUAAAUUUUUAAACAGCUCUUUUAACCACUCUUUUUAACUGAAGCAUAUUGCUUUUUUAACUCUUCUUCUUAUCCAACAUCAACACUUGCAAGCGUAGCGGUAGUGCCACUCGCGAUUAACAUUAGCUCUGUGCUAACAUAGCUAGCGAUCUUUUUAAAGUUCAUUUACAUGGUUCACAAUGAUACUAACAGUACCAUGGUGGAUUCAAACAUUAGGAAAUAUUCCUGUAGCUCCGAUUGGUUUUACAAAAGUAUCUCAAUGACAGGCAUUUUCACAUAACGAGCUUCACCAACAAGCUCACAACGAAACCUAGGCUGUUUUCGAAUUGGUCUACUGCAUACUUUUGCCGACCACAGUAUGCAGUACAUACUGCAUACUGAAUACAUUGUUUGAAAGGAGUACAUAGUAUGACUGUAAGUCGGCUGUUAUUUUGUAGUAUGCUGGUUUCCGGUAUGGAAAAGUACAUUGUACCUUGGUUAAUUGCAUCAACACUACAGUGUUGCCCAUUCAUUUAUGCACUGAAAAAAUCUGAUGUGUUUAUUAAUAUUAUUUUUGGGGGAUUUGUUAGCCUGACACCAGCCAUCGAAACCUGCUCUGUCUAUGCAAUAACUCGGCGAUCUGGCAGCAUUUGAUUCUCUUUACGGCACUGUAAAUACAGCAAAGUUAUGUUGUCCUUGUUUACUGCUUAAAUGAAACGAUAGUUUGACAAGUACGGUAAAAACCCUCUUAUAGAAACUCCUGUCUCCUGUCAGUUUAUUUCAAAUACCGUCUUGGCUGCUGAUUGAGUCUGACUGCUUUAACAUUUACUCACCUUUUUGCAUUAAAGCUUUAGUCCCCCUCUAAUGCCAGUUGCCUGUGUGUUUUAAACACCACGCGUACUGUACUGUAUAAAGGAUGAGGAGAAGCAGGAAAAUUUGAGGCGAUGGAAAUAGAGGAUAAAAACUGGAUGGUAUGAUAACAAAACAUGGCAUUCUUGUCAGUGGUUUGCACAAAUACUGCUCAAAGAAGGAGGAGAAGACAGGCUAUCAGAAGGAGAAAUCUUGGCUGUCCUCUUAGAAAAUGAGUGCUCAGGUGAAAAGUCUCGCCACUCUCCACUAUGGGUAACAGUUGGUGAAGCAGACUGCUCCGAUGCAUACUGUGAAUUUUCCCAAAUCAGUACGUCAUCUGGUAUUUUUGGCAUACUGCAAACUUCGCAUUUGUUCGCCUACUGCAUACUCCAUACUAAAUUCUGGGCAAAUUAGUAUGUACUGCUAGUAUAGUAGGCAAAUUCGAAAACAGCUCUAGCCUCUUAACAUGUUGCAACCACUCUUACAGGAGAUCUCUCACAGGCUCACAAGGUGAAAAGGCCCCACUUAUCCAAAAUAAUACAGCACACUCGUCCCUAAUAAGUGAAGGACUCACCAGACAAUGCUUCAGAGUGGUAAAUCAGCAAUUUCCAACCUCUAUUUGACUUCCUUACCAGUGAGGUAAGGGCUUUUUCUCGUUGACCAUGACGAUAAGUAACAGCUGAUACGCCACCUUGUGGUGGGGCAUUAUAAAGGCUUUCAAAUAACAUAAAUGGGUUUAAUAUCCAUGUAGGUUACAUAUUUAUUACAAGAUAAAUGAUGGUACAACAUGACAAUAAGAUAAUGAAGAUAUAUAAUAGAUGAAUUAAAGACUCUGACUCAGCUUAUGAUUACAAAAGUUAAUGAUCGAGAGUGAAUAUGCUCAGACAUAUUAACCUACAUUAACUUUGGUGUAGAGAUAAAUUUGAAGGUGGAUUUGGAUGAAUUUAGGAUAACCCGAAUUAGUGAUUAUUUGAAUCAUGAACACAUGAGACAGCAUAAGUCCUGUUUGGAGCUCUGGAGGUUUGUAUACUCAAGUGAGGCUGAUCAUUGGAGAAGAUGGAGCAGCUUCACCGAAGGUCCAGGCUGUGUGAGAGGUUCGAAUCAGAAGAGGACCGUAGUCAGACAAAAGAUGGGCCAGUCACAUCACACAGCCCUUAAUGCAGAACCACCCUUUAUGUGUCCUUUGGAUGCUCCUUUGUUCCCACUGCAAAACUCUGGUUCAGAGGAUGGAGUUGGGAACCUGGCUGAGGGCAGUGGAUAAGUCGGGGCUACCAGGCAAGUUCAAAGCCUGGAUUUACCAACAUGGCAUCCUACCUCGACUUCUCUGGCCACUGCUGAUUUAUAAUGUGCCUGUGACCACCAUCGAGUACUUCGAGAGGAAGGUCAGCUCUUUCUUGCAGAAGUGGCUGAGCCUACCACGAAGCCUCAGCAGCAUCGCAUUGUACGGGAAGAGCAACAAACUUAACCUACCCUUCAGCAGUCUGACGGAGGAGUUUAUGGUUACCAGUGCAAGAGAGGUGCUGCUGUAUAGGGACUCAAGUGACAUCAGAGUCUCCUCGGCUGGUGUAGAAGUGAGGACCGGCAGGAAGUGGUGUGCUCAAGAGGCAGUCGAUCAGGCUGAGUCCCGCUUGCGGCACAGUGAACUGGUGGGAACAGUGGCAUCUGGACGGGCAGGACUUGGGAGCAACCCGAGACCUUCAUAUAACAAGGCCAAGGGGAAGGAAAGGCGUCAGCUGAUCCAGGAGGAGGUCCGAGCAGGGGUGGAGGAAGCCCGCUGCAGCAAGACAGUGGGGAUGCGGCAGCAGGGGGCAUGGACCAGUUGGGAGGAGGCAGCUGCCCGGAAGGUCUCGUGGUCAGAGCUAUGGCGAUCUGAGCCUCACCGGAUCAAGUUCCUCAUCCAGUCGGUCUACGACGUCCUCCCAAGCCCAUCCAACCUCCACCGCUGGGGCUUGGCUGAGAACCCACUGUGCCCUCUCUGCCAAAGAGCAGGAUCACUGGAACACAUCUUGAGCUGCUGCCCAAGAGCACUGGGAGAGGGGCGCUACCGCUGGCGCCAUGACCAAGUGCUACGGGUCAUUGCGGAGGCCAUCAGCACAGGCAUCUCCACCAGCAAACACAUACAACCAUCAAGGCAGACCAUCGCCUUCGUUAAGGCUGGGGAGAAGCCGCAGCAGCUCAGGAGGCAAGCAGGGGGGCUGCUGGCAACAGCCCGGGACUGGCAGCUGAAAGUCGACCUAGGGAGACAGUUCAAAUUCCCGGAGAACAUCGCAGUGACCCCGCUCAGGCCAGACAUGGUCGUGGUGUCUGAAACAACAAGGCAAGUGGUCCCGCUGGAGUUGACUGUUCCCUGGGAAGACAGGAUGGAGGAGGCCUUUGAGAGAAAGAAAGCCAAGUAUGAGGAGCUGGCAAGUGAAUGCCGAAGCAGGGGAUGGAGGACCUGGUGCAACCCCAUCGAGGUCGGAUGCAGAGGAUUCGCUGGCCAGUCCCUCAUCAGGGCUCUCAAGAUGCUGGGAGUGGGGGGACUGCACAACAGGCGAGCCAUCAAGAACAUCUGCGACGCAGCAGAGAAGGCGUCCAGAUGGCUGUGGAUCAAGCGGGGUGAUCCGUGGCCACAUGCUCUUAAGACACAAGCCGGGACUUGAUCACCCCGGCUGGGUCCCCUGGGUGAGGGUGUCUGUUGCAAGACCCAAAACACCCAGUGAACCCAGGUGCCAACACUGAUGAUGUGUCUUAAGUUGUUACACCAUAAGUGUAUUUUAGAACUGGGCCUGCUGGGUGCCAUUCAGGGGCGACUUUGAAAUAACACAGAUAACUAAGAAAAAGAGGCUCAAUGGCCAGUCAAAACUAUUUCAAAAAUGACUGAAAGAAAAAUUAGUUACAAACUUAAUCUUGGAUUGCAAUGUGCGCAAAAAAGUUGAAGUUUCAAAACUUGAACUAAGAUGUGUGAGAGAAAAAAUGAAACAAUAUGAAUGAACACGUGGCAUAAGACUUUAAAAGCUGGGAAAAAGUAAGACGAAGCAAGAAGAAGAGUAAGAGCACAAGAGAAUAAGUGAAUAAGAGGAGAAUAAGUGCGUGAGUACCCCAACUUUACUGGUUUUAUCUUCUUCAAACUGGGAGUGUCUCUCACGGUGUGUGUAAGGAGGAGAGAGGAGGGGUUGCUGGUCGCCUGCUGCAUCUUCUUUAGAGGAGACCUUCAGGAUCCCUGAUUAUUUGAUCUAGCUUAUACUUUUGGCUGGUAAAGGAGUCAGAUCUGAAACUCACUAUGAUUAAUGUUAUUAAAAGCUUGGUUCAUAAUAAAUGAUUUGAUACUAAACACAUAUGAAGAAAUGUAGAACCACAUCAAACAUUCUCAUUAUGUUUUAAAUAUCACGUUGAACAUGCUAAAUUAUUCUGAAAUAAAACAGACAGUAACAUAAGAUAAUACAAUAACACAAACAAAAGAGUAAAUACAUGUAAAUGAACUUCAUCAUGAUUGAUAAUGGAUUCUAUGUACUCACAUUCAGAUUAUUCAAUGACAUUAUAACCACCUGAUGGUUAAAAAUACAAUAUAGGGCCCUAUUUUCGUGCUUCGCCGGAGACAUGGCGCCAGCGCAGCGUAAGUCAGGUCCGCUGCGCCGACAAGGCGUUCCCAAGCACAAUUUGGUAUUUUGGUGAGCGGUGCAGCCCGGUGUAAGUAUCCCCCCUCCCUAACUCAGCUCCCCCCAGCGGCGUAAGUCGUAGAGAGGGAGGAGAGAGGGCGUGGAGUGGGUUGAACACAGCCGAGACCUGUAUUGACCAAUAACAUCAGCUCUCCUCGCCUUUAAAUCCACCACUGGCGAGGCGUAUUAAAACGUAUUUUCGUUAAGUAGUCAAAGAGAUCAAGAGAUGUCUGGAGACAGUAAUGCCACACGAUGGCAACAGAAGGCAGCCCUUCAACAAGUGUCGCUGUAAACGCUGCAGAGGGCGUCCUUCAAACUCUCUCAUAUGAACACAGAUGGAUUUGGUGUGUGUAAUGUUGGACCCACUAGUAAGACAAACACCCUUUCCACAAGUAAAGACACUCACAUAAAGUUGCAUAUAUUUAAACCUCAUGUGACAAAGGUGGGUUGUGCGCCAAGAUCACAUCAUAAAUUCGAAUAAUGGCAUUAAAAUCGGAACCUUCUGUGCGUAAAGGACGCAUAGCGCUCCGUGGCCUGGCUCCUUCUUUUAUAGAUAUUGGUGUAUAAAAUAAAUUUGGCUGACAAUACGGAAUAUUUUAAUAUUCAUAAACUGUAUUCGGCUUAAAGUAAAUAACUCAUCUGAUCACUGAAACAAAUCAUCUGUUCAGCCGCUGCAGCAGCAGCUGCAGCAGGACGGGGAGAGGACACGGAGACAUGUCCAGGUCGAGCUGCGAGAGAAAUAAGAGGAAAAGGAAGAAAGAAAAGGAGGGAGAUGAAUUACAUAUCUUGUUAACUUCAUCAUGUGUGUUUAUUUACUAGAUAUUCAAUUUAAUUUAAUGCGGUUACAGCUGUGUUGAUUCGGUCAGGUUGUGUGUCCAAACGUGUGCCAAACGCGCUCAUCAGAUCAGAAAUAGAUCAGAAUAUAUCGAUAUAGAUCUAAAUGUGUGUGCUGACUCAGAUUAUUAGUCUUUGAUGAUUAUUUAUUGCACUGAAAUGUACCUGACACUGUGGAAACCUGCCGGUGAGGCAUCGGUGACGUAUGCCGAUACGCUGCCGGUCUACCAAAAUAUCACGAGACCAGCUGCGCUCUGCUUGCGCUGAAAGCUGACUAGGUUUGAAUCAGCGAGCUUUCAGCGCACUUUAUACGCCACUGGCGAGCACGAAAAUGUCAGCUGAUUCUGUCGACACCUCCCUCUGCCACGCCACCACGCCCAGCUUGGAGGACCUCGGUGCACCUUAGUCCACAAAAAUACCAAACUGGCUGUACGCCGGGCUCUGCCAGACGAAAAUACCACUGCGCAGGGUCUGCCACCCCCCGCCGCCUCACUGGCGGACACGAAAAUAGAGCCCAUAAAGUAAUAAUUAAAACCUAAGCCAAAUAUUUCUAAACUAUUUAUAUUACUUAGAGUAAAGUCAUGAUUUAUAGUCAAUAAAUUUAACUCUUAAAAGUUCUUGAAACAGUCUGAAAAGCUGUUGGUCUAAAGAAACUAAAGAAUAAGGAUUUAUUCUGUCAGAGUAAUAGCUUGGCUUCUGGAGCAUGUCGAAAAAUGGGACACAUCUCAUUUUGACACAAAUUUCAUGAUGAGACAGAUUAGUACAUUGCUGAAUGUAUAAGACGUCAUUAUCAGUCAUUUGUCCUCUUUCUCCAAAGGAAUGUAGUUUUUAGCAAUAUAUGGUUGAGCAGGGUUUUAUGACGGAUGUCUGGAGGUCAGCAUCCAGCUCCUCAGACCUUUGGUUGGAUUCCAUGUGUUCACCCACUUUAAGACAGUAAAUCUCAAAUGGGAGACCUGGGUUGAGGCAUAAAUUAUUAUUUAGAUGGUCAGUGAUGGAGUCAGUUUGGAAGGCAAUGAACAACUCUGUCUCUUUUCUCCAAAUUGACCAAUUGUGAAGAACUAAAGGUUUGGGUCAACCUCCGUUUGGGUCAGUUGGGUAACCUGAAAGUACAAACAAGUCUGGAAAGAUUUAUAUGAUUCUGUGUCCUGGGACCAGAUAAGGAACCUGUCCUGUGAGGAAUGUGUGAGUUUCACACACAGAGUUGUCUUAAUGCUACGUUGCUAAUGAUUAAAUACAGAUAGCGUGCAUUAAGCACAAUUUCCAACUGAAUAGGUCUUGUUGAUUGUGGACUUCUCAGUCUCAUGGUUGUUCUCUCCAAAACAUGUCAGCAUCAUUUUAUUGUAUACUGUUGUCAUAUACAUGAAACAGCUAGCAAAAUUCAUCCCUCCAAGAAGUUCCUCCAAUGAACAGGCCACAUGUUGAAUUUGGCAGGAAUUUUAUGAAGAAAAGGUAAAACUGAAAUAAAAAAGAAAUAACACAGAUAAGGUAAUUCUACAGGUAAAUUUAACAAACACUUGGCUACAAACUGUCAAAAUAUCACUGAAUAUACAAACAUGAAUCAAAUAAAUACACAAUAAUUAAGGUAACCUGUGUCUAAUGUUAAAGCUAUGGUCUAUGAUUAGAAAACCAUUUGGCUGUUGAGACAGAUUUGAAAAUCUGUCUCAACAGCCUGCCCCCCUUCAGCAGCCUGCCCCCCCCCCCGCGUCAACAACACGCCUUGACUCUUGACCUGAGGGGAGGGGGAAACUGAGGAACUGUCGAUGGGAAGGGAGAGACUGUCAACUUUGGAUAGGGUGAAUUUGGAACCUACUAGAAGAAUUUCUGUUUUCUGACUGUUUAGUUGGAGAAAGUUGGCGGUGAACCAGGAUUUAAUUUCAGAUAGGCAGGUGAGGAGGGAGGUAGGUGGGAGGGUGGAGUUUGGUGAGCUGGAGCGGUAGAGCUGGGUGUCGUCCGCGUAGCAGUGAUAUUGAAUGUUGAAUUUACGGAAGAUGGAACCAAGGGGGAGGAGGUAAGUGAUAAACAGCAGGGGCCCCAGGACAGAGCCCUGGGGCACACCUGAACUGACUGGGGAGGGUUCGGACUUGAAGGAUUUGAGCUGGAUGAACUGUGUGCAGUCUGAGAGGUAAGAGUGGAACCAGCGGAGAGGGGUGUGGGAGAUACCGAUGGAAGAGAGUCUACGGAGGAGGAUGGGAUGGGAGAUGGUGUCAAAGGCUGCACUGAGGUCGAGGAGGAUGAGGAUGGAAAGUGAAUCAGAGUCAGCUGCAGUGAGAAGGUCAUUGGUGAUUUUUAGCAGUGCAGUUUCGGUGCUGUGGCGGGGGCAGAAACCAGAUUGGAAGGGGUCGUAGAGGGAGUUCUGGGUUAGGUGGGUGUGAAGUUGGCUGGUGACGACCUUUUCCAGUAUUUUGGCUGUGAACGGUAGAUUGGAGAUGGGGCGGAGGUUGCUGAAGUUAUUGGGGUCAGAGCCAGGUUUUUUCAGGAUUGGGGUGAUGGCUGCUGUCUUGAGGGAUGCGGGAACAGUUCCAGUGGUGAGUGAAGAGUGAAUGAUGGCAGAUAUGAGAGGAAGCACAGACGGGAGGCAUGAUUUGACCAGUGUGGUGGGAAGGGGAUCCAGCUGACAGGUUGAGGGUUUGGAUUUCCGGAUGAGAUCGUAGAUUUCAGAGUCGACGGGGAGAAGAAAACUGGAGAAGUACUGACGGUGUGGCAGGGGAGUUGGUGGGGUCGGAGGAGGUCCGGGGGGAGAGAGCCUGAGUGCAGUUGUUGGUGGAUGUUGGAGAUUUUGUCAUUUUGUCAAAAAAUUGCAUUAGGGUGUUACAGGUGUGGGUUGAAUACAGGUGGGGGGGGGGGUCUGGUGGCUGGAGAGACUUGUUGAGGAGAGUGAAUAGUGAUCUGGGGCCUUAUGUAUCAAUACUUGCGUGGAACUCAUACCAGAAACGAGCGCACGCAAGGUCCGUCACGCUGAAAAAAAUCCUUAUGUAUCAAUGUGUGCGGGCGCCGAAAUCCACGUGUGUUUCCUUGAUAAAUCCCAAUCAGCGUGGAAUUGAGCGCAGAUGUCGGAGUGACUGGGCCCGUCCCCGUUACGCCCUCCUAUAAAUAUGCAGAUUUAUUUAAAUGGGGUCUCCCUGUCCUCGCACGCAGAUAAAAUGACAAGAAAAACUAAAUUUACGGCGUGCGAGGUGGAGGUGCUGGUGGCGGAGGUGGAGGAGCGACAGCGUGUUUUAUUUGGCAGCCUGUCCAGUGGCGUCAGUGCAAAACGAAAAUGCUUGGAGUGGGAGAAAGUUUGCGACAGGGUGAAUGCGGUGGGUUCCGAGACACGCACCCCCGCGAAGAUUAAAAAAAAGUGGUCAGACCUCAAGGUGGAGGUCAAGCGGCGUACAGCUGCCCACUGGAGGAGUACUGGCCAGACAGGUGGGGGUCCGGGGGAGGAGACCCUCACACCGUUUGAGCAGCGGGUGGUGGCGAUUAUUAUUAUAGGGUAAGUGGCGUGUCACACAAAUGUCCACAUGCUUUGUCAUCCCACUGAGCAAAAGACGUAUAUUAGACGUCUAGUCUAAGUUUAUACUUCAUUUCACCGUCGGGAUUCAGUCUAUUUUUAGACGUGAUUUAUACUUCGCCCUUAACUUCAUUUUUCGAUAACUUUUUAUGCAAUAAACAACUGUAAUGUGCAUAACUGACCUCUAAAUACUGGAUUACAUUACCUAUGAUACCGUGGAGAGAGAUGUAAACGCAACAGAUACACAGAGGCAGGAAUUGAAAUGAACAAAUAUUUUUAUUGUGUCACAGAAAUCAAUUUGUUGGCCGUGUCGCCGGGUUGCGGAACCCCGGCCCGCGGCAGCCCGUCCACCGGCUCGGAGUCGUCGGCCAGGACCAGCGGCAUUCGGGCCACCCCGGCCUCCGGCCCCAGCACCAGCACCAGCAUCAGCACCAGCGCGCCGACAAGCGGUGGAGCGUCCACCAGCCGCGGCGCUUCCGCUGGACCACCCGGACGCAGUGGAAGGGUCCUCGCGGAGGGGGUCCUGCAAUCGCAGGAAGAAAUCAUCAGGGGGAUCGCGGGGAUCAACGAGCGGCUGGACCGGCUCGUAAAUGUCCUCGAGCGUCUGGUGGAGAAAAUAAAUUCAUUUGGCUCAUUGAACUGUGUAUUCACUUCUUACCCGUUCACACUGUGGCGAUGAGAUUCUCCCGCGCGAGGACGGCGGCCCGGCAGGGAUCAGCUCGCAUCCCUCCGUCUGCUGCUGGUUCGUCAUGUGGGGCGACGUGCUGCUCGGCCACGGGGAUGUGGUGCACGCUUGUCACAUAGUGAGUCACCAAACACCGCCACACAGCGUCGCCAAAGUGCGAAUCACAGUCAACGCAAGUAUCAGCUCAACGCCAAUUUCUACACCACCUCCAGACUUUGCGUUGAUUAGCGCUGGAACCGACGCUCGUUUCGCGAUGAUAAAUCUGGACGUGUGCGCCGAUUUUGGCGUACGCAAGGUUUUCUUGCGCCGCAAGCGUUGAUACAUAAGGCCCCAGGUGUUUCCUUUGUUGGAGAUGAUCUGGGCGGAGUAGUGAUCUGUCUUGCCUUGAGAAAUUGAGUCCUUGUAGUGGCGGAUGUGGUUAGUGUACAUUUCUUUGUGAAUGGAGAGUCCAGUUUUCUUGUAGAGUCUUUCCAGUUGGCGGCCUUUGGUUUUCAUGGAGCGGAGAUGGGGGGUGUACCAGGGAGCAAUUGUGGACAAGGAAACAGAGCGUGUUUUGACUGGAGUGAGGGAGUUGAGGAUGUUAUUUUAACAGGUGUUGUAAUGGGAUGUUAUUUCAUCAGGGGUAGCGGAACAGUCCGCGAUCAAAAUAUUUGGAGAUGUUAGAGCGCAGAGUGUCAAUGUUUAUGUUCUUAAGACUGCGGAAUGAAAUGAGGUGUGGUGAGUUAAUUCUAGAGAGGCAGAGAGGAAUACUGAAGGAGAUGAGGAGGUGGUCACUUACAUGGAGAUCAUCGGCUGUGCAGUUGGAUGGGAUGAGGCCAGAGCAGCAGAGUAGAUCCAUCCAGAGUGUGUCCUUUAGUGUGUGUCGGGAAGUUGAUGAAUUGAUGGAGUCCAAAACUGUCCAGGCAUGAUGAGAAGUCUAUGGUGAGGGGCAGGUUGGUGUUGUCAAUGUGGAUAUUGAAGUCCCCCAGUAUUGUUGUGUUUGGUGAGAGUGUGCAUAGAUGGGUGAGUAGAACAGAGAAGUCAUUUAAGAAGUCGGUGUGGGGCUUGGGGGGCGGUAGUUGGUGGGAGUGGGUCCAGGGAGUGUAAGUGCCAGAAGUUCGAAUGAGGAGAAGAGAGGCAGGGACAGCGGUAGAACCUUCCACUUCUUGUGGUGGAUGACGGCGAUACCUCCACCACGGCCGUGGCUGCGGGGGUGGGAGAGGUAGGUGAAGUCCGGGGGGGUGGAGUCGUUGAGUCAUGAGAAGUCAUUUGGUUGUUGCCAUGUUUCAGUGAUGCAGAGGAAGUCCAGCUUGCGGUCAGUGAAGAGAUCAUGGAUGAUGUGUCCCUUGUUGUUGAGUGAGCGGGUGUUGAGGAGUCCGAAGCUGACACAGUUAUUGUCAUGUUUGGUGAAGAUGGGAGCCAACAUGUGAUUGACAGUCCUGGUGGUGUAUCUAUCAGAGUGGUGUCUGUUGGUGAUAUGGACAGGAAUAGGGAGGAGUUGGAUGCUACUGUGAUUAUUUGGGAGAGGGGAAAAGAUGACGGAAAGACCUGUGGCAGAGGGAGUCGGUGAUAGAAUUUGCCAGCAGGGAGAGCUCUGGGGAGGACCUGUCAACAGUGGGUGCACCACAGAGGGAGAGGGGGGUGUGUGUGGGGGGGAAGUAAAUAGUCAGUCACAUGGUGAACAGUGUACAGCACAUAUGUCAGAGUCAAGGCCCGCGGGCCGGAUGUGGCCCGCGAGAAGGUUUUUUACGGCCCCUGGGAUGAUCUUGAUUUAUUAUUAGAACCGGCCCGCAGACCGCAGCAAGCCGGCAGCCCGCAGAUCUUUUACACGCACCAAUACUACAUUUCCCACAAUGCAACGGUGACGCACCGAGCAGUAGGCUGCUUCAUUUCAAUAUUUAUUAGCACAGCAGUCGUCAGCAUAACAGUAAAAUUAACUUUCAGAUACCCAUCAAAAAUGGCAAAACGGAAGGUGGACACUGAGAACCGGGGGUUUCAAACAAGGUGGGAGUCGGAGUAUAUGUUCACGGAGGUAGCUGGAAAACCUGUGUGUCUUCUGUGUGGAGAAAGUGUGGCGGUACUGAAAGAGUAUAAUCUGAGACGACAUUAUGAAACGAAACACGCGGAUUUUUGCACUUUAUUUUAUUGUAUUUCAAUCCAAUUAUAUUUUAAAAAUAUUUCAGUUGAGUGGAUGAUCGAAAAUUGCUAUUAUUUUUUUUUUCUUUUAAGUAAAUUUAGCCCACUUUUGCUAAAAUAGAAAAUAUAGGCUACUGAUGGUGCCUUGAAUAAUACGGGUUUCUUUCAUUUAAUGUUCAUGUUAUGGGGAUUUUUAUAUAAAGGAAAUUUGUCUUUUGUGUCUGUUGAAAAUUAAAGAUUACUGACAGAGCCAUAAGAAAAUAUUGCUUUAUUUAUCUGAUCAUAUUGGAAUAUAUUUGUUAGGUUUUCAGUAGGUUCAAUUAGUUUAACUAGACUAUAUGCGUCAUUUAAAAAAUUUUCAAUGAACAUUCGAUCAGUCCGGCCCUCAGCUUGUAGCUAAAUUUUUUAUUUGGCCCUUCGUCCAUUUGACUUUGACACCCCUGGUGUACAGUGUGCUGCAGGUUAGCCGCUAAUAUGCGGCUACCUGUGGUGUUCGGGUGGAUACCAUCCAGUUUAAAAAGGGACGAACGGUUCCAAAAAAGAUUAAAAUUGUCCACGAAGGCAAAGCUAUGAGCUUGGCAGGCAGAUUGGAGCCAGGUGUGCAGGCUGAGCACUCUACUGAAGCCCCCGCACCCACGACCAGAAGUGGAAAUGGGACCGCUGAUAAAAACAGACAGUUCACAGUUCUUCAGAAAGUUAAAAAGUUGGGUAAAAUGGUCCUUCGUGAGCUCGGUCUGGUGGAGGGACGUGUCAUUUGUACCGACAUGGAUUAUGAUUCUCUGGAUGGAAGUUGGGAGAGAUUUUAACAGAGUGGGGAGGAGUGUUAAAAUGUCAAGGACCCUCGCACCAGGGAAACACCGCGUGACAGCGUUAAAAAAGCGGAUGUUUCUCACGAUGGAGUCACCCACAAUUAAAGUCGUCGGAGGGAAAAGUGGAUGUGGAGACUGCGUGACCGGAGAGGAAUAUGUCGGAGGAGGGGGGGAACUCGCCGAGGAGGACAUCGGAGACAAGACGGGAGGGACACCGGCCAGCCGCGGUGCAGGUGUGAAGCACGGCAUCGAGUGCCGCCGGAGAGACCCGGCGUGCAGAUGGUCGGGCACGGGGGGCGGACGGGAAGGGGACGGCGGAGAGGUGGAGGACCCGUGAGACAGCCGGGUGGACAUUGGCUGGGAUCCUGCGGGCAGCGGGGGGAAGUCAUGGAGGUCCAGGGUGUCGAACCUGUUCUCCAGGUGGAGGUGGAAGAGGGGAGCCUGAGGUGGGAGCCUUGUUUCCCCGGUGCAGGCGGUGAUGUGGGACCAGUGCUCCUGCAGGGAUGGAGUGGAACUAGCCGGAGACUCUGGUUUAGCCUUGGGUUUUGCUCCCAGCCUUGUCGAGGAGACGUCAGGGGAGAGGGAUGGAUGAGCAGGCGGAGGAGAGGUGGUCGCAGCAGCUGGAGGAGAGGUGUUGGGAGCGGCGGGGUCUGGAUCCGAUGAGCCGGUGGAGUUGGGAUGUGGUGUUCUGAAGAUGAUGGUGUCCAUGAUUUUCUCGGCUUCCUGGAUCUGGUAGAAGGUGGAGAUCCUUCUCUCCAGCUCCUGGAUCUUUUCUGCCAGACAGGCGCAGCAGGCACAGCCGGAUGGAGAGGAGCGUGGAGCCAUGGCUCAAGUAUCAUCAAAACCAUAUGUUAGUGGGGCGAAGCGGGUCUGGUGUCGCCACUGCUAGCUGGUCAGAGCAGAGCCGAUUGUUAGUGAGGCUUUACCUUUCUCAGCGUGUCUUCAACAGCUACCUAUUCAACAGAAAUUCGGCUGUCUCAGCGUCAGUUUCCAGACCAAAAACCUUCUGCAGCUUUUUCCACCGGUCGUACGUUUUUCCAAUGUAGACUCUCCGUUGGCAUGUGUAUCUCUCAAAUUUCUUCCUUACUUCAGCCUUUUCCUCGAAACUUUUACAUUUCCUUCCCUUCGAUGUGGAGGGUAACAGAAGCAGCCUCCUGGUUUUGGUGUUUGUCUUGUCUGGCUCCAUUACGCUUAAGCAGCUGUGCAGCUAGCUAAUCACAUGUACGUGAGAGGGGUUGUGGGGAGGAGGUGGGACCAUGGGCAGGAUGGUGCAGAGCAGGGGAGACAGGGGAUUGGAUGGACUUACGGACCACUUCGAACUUAUAAACAAUGUUAUUAAUAAGUACCAAGCUUCCAAAUGUUAGACCAUAGCUUUAACAUAUAUUUGUUCCUCAGGUUCUUAAACAAUUUUUUUUUUUUUUUUUUUUUUUUUUUAUAAACUUAUAUAACAUACAAACAAAACAAAACAAAACAAAAACACAAAAAUAGUGAUGGUGGGUACAUAUACAGACAAGACAGAAACAAAAACAGUUAACAGUAUCUUAAAGUAGUGUGUGUAUGCAUGUGAAUGUGUGCACGUGUGUGUAUGAAGCUUUUGUUUCAUUUUCCCUUCGGUCGUCCCCCCCCCCCCCCCAUUGCUCCAAACCCCCUUCUAAAUCAAGGAGACCCCUGACCGACCAGCGUAAAAGCUGUAAGCUCAAGUGGAGAGCGGGUCCGGCAGGAUGUCAGAUGUCAUGCAUGGGGGCAGAUGCAGAUGUGUUGAUGUGUUUGUGCUGAUUAUGUGGAUGUGAGUAAGAUGGGGCCAGAUUUUAUGGAUGCUGUGGUUUGGGGGGGUCCGGCGAUCGUUGAAAGUCAGUUUAUUAAUAAAUGUAGACCAGGUUUUAUUAAAGCAAGGUGUGUUAUGACUAAGUGAUGCUGACAUUUUUUCUAUUGAGAUUUGAUCUACGAGUAAGUUCUUCCAGUGGGUGAUGUUUAAUUGAUCUCUUGCUUUCCAGUUUAGAAGGAUGGUUUUCUUGGCGACAGCUAGAGCUGUGUACAAUGUAGUUUUAGUGUGUUUAUUAAGUUGUAAAACUGACAUGUCACCUAGAAGGCAAAGUUUGGGGGACAGAGGGAUGUGGCAACCUAGUAUGUGUGAUAGAUGCUCUGUGACCUGGACCCAAAAUUGCUGAACCAAUGUACAGUGCCAGAAGGCAUGAAAAUAAUUGUCUAUGGUGUUCUGUGUACAUUGAGUGCAUUUAUUUGAUGUGAUGAAACCCAUUUUGUUUAACCUCUCACCCGUGUAAUGUGUCCUGUGAUUAACCUUAAAUUGAAUUAGUUGUAAAUUUGGGAUUUUACAGUAGUUGAAGUUAUUUUUGCAAAUUUGUGGCCAGAAGUCUGCAUCAGGAGUAAUGGAGAGGUCCUGUUCCCAUUUUGAGGCUGGGAGUGAGAUGGAGGUGUCAGAAUUAUUUAGAAAUAUGUAUAUUUUGGACAAAAGUUUAUUACAACCAGAGAUUUUCAAAAAGUCGUCUAUAAUGGUGGACUGGUCCUGGGUGUUGAAAGUAUGUGUAAGUUUUGAGUGCAUGGUGGACUUAAGCUGUAAAUAGUGGAGAUAUUGAUUAUCACCAAUGCCAAAUAUAUUAAUUAAUUGUUGAAAAUUGAUGACUUUUGAUUCCUUAAUUAUGUGGUGAAGAUGUGUUAUCCCUUUAUCUUUCCAUGAACUGAAAUUCAGUGGUUUCCUAUUUAUUGUGAAAUCUGGGUUGUUCCAAAUCGGUGAACGAGUGGAUGGUGCAACCGUGGACCCUUUGAUGUGAAUGGUUUUCCACCAAGCUGUCAGGGCUGAGGCUAUGGAAAUAUUUUGGAAGCAUUUAUUAUGUUUAAUCGUCUGACUGAUAAAUGGCAAAUCUGAGAGAUUUAUAUCAUUACAUAGUGCUUGUUCAGUUUCUAGCCAGUGUGCGUCAAGGUCUGAAGGUGUGAUCCAUUGUUGUAAAUGUUUUAACUGACUUGAAAGGUGAUAUAGUUCGAAGUUUGGUGGUUCCAGUCCUCCUAGAGAUUUGGGUUUUUGUAGAGUUGAUAAUUUGAUACGGGGUGUUUUGUUUUUCCAAUAGAACUGGGAGAUUGAUGUGUUAAGAGAACUGAGCCAGGGUGGGUUUGGAAGGGAGGGAAUCAUCGUGAAUAAGUAAUUAAUCUGGGGGAGGACUGACAUUUUUGUUAUUGAGAUUCUUUCCAAAAGUGAGAUGGGUAGGUUUGUCCAGCGUUUGAGGUUGUUUUGUAUUAUUUUAAGUAAUGGUGUGGAGUUUAAAUUGAACAGCUCUGACAGCUUGGAGGAUAUAUGAAUUCCUAAGUAUCUGAUGUUUCCUACAGGGAGGUGAAAUUGUGAGGUGAGGGCUGCCACAUCCCUCUGGUCCAUACAUAAGGGUAAAACAGUGGAUUUUGUCAAGUUGAUCGAGUAGUUGGAGAGAGAUGCAAAUGAUUUAAUGACGGAGAGACAUUCUGGUAAUGAUGAAUGGGGUUUUUGAAGGAGAAUCAACACGUCAUCUGCAUAGAGGAUUAAUUUGUGUUCUGUGGAUAAUGAUGUAAUACCUUUGAUGUUAUUAUCUUGUCGUAUUCUAGCUGCAAGAGGUUCUAAGAAAAUUGCAAAGAGUGAGGGAGAGAGUGGACAUCCUUGUCUGGUACCAUUGUGAAGCGUGAAUUGUUGUGAGAUUAACCCAUUAGUUAUGAUAGCGGCUGUUGGUGAGGUGUAUAGAGUUCUGACCCAGUUAGUGAAUGACUCCCCAAAACCAAAUUUUUGUAAUGUUGUAAAUAAAAAUUGCCAGUUUACUCUGUCAAAAGCCUUCUGUGCAUCUAAUGAGAGGAUUAUCGUUUCAGAUUUUUUAUUGUUUGAGAGUUGCAUUAAAUUAAAUAAUUUCCGGGUGUUAUGGGAUGAUUGCCUUCCUUUAAUGAAGCCAGUUUGAUCCGGGUGAAUAAUAGAUGAGAUUACUUUUUCAAUCCUAUUUGUCAAUACUUUACUUAUGAUUUUAAUAUCUGUAUUGAUCAGAGAAAGAGGACGAUAACUGGAUAGAUGUGUGGGGUCUUUAUCGGGCUUUAAAAGCAAAGUGAUUAAAGCAGUAUUCAUAGAAGGAGGGAUUCUAUUGGUUGUAUGAAAUUCAUUAAUCAUUCUGAAAAAGAGGGGGGAGAUGGUGGGCCAGAAAUAUUCAGCAGGAUAGCCAUCUGGGCCGGGUGCUUUAUUGUUUUGCAUUUCAUUUAAGGCCUCUUGAAUUUCAUGUGGGGUUAGUGAUUGUUCUAGGGAAUUAGUUUGUUCUGAUGUUAAUUGAGGUAAACUGAUAUUGUUCAAAAAUGUAUUUAUCUCUCGAGUAUCUGGGUUAUGAGAUAAUGUAUACAGGUCUUCAUAGUAAUUCUUAAAUAUAUUUUUGAUAUCUUUUGGGUUGUGGUAUGAUGUCCCUGCUGAAUCCUUAAUUACAGUUAUGGUUGUUUUUUCUUUAUUUUGUUUAACCAGAUUAGCCAGAUAUGCUGUUGACUUGUUGCUGUGGUGAGAUGUGUUGAGUCUGAGUCUUUCUAUAAGAAAUUUAGUUUUUUUGUUUAUAAGAUCGCUCAGCUCCAUUUUGUAUUUCUGUAAUUCCCCAUAUAUAUGGUUGCUAGGAUUACUUGCGUGCUGGUUUUCAAGUACUUUAAUUUUUUCCUCCAGUUCAGAUUGCAGUUCUGUAUCUUUCCGUUUUUUGUAUGAUGAAUAUGAAAUUAUUUUGCCUCUUAAGACAGCCUUCCCAGUUUGCCAGAGUAAAGUAGCAGGGGUGUCUGGGGAGUCAUUCAUAUCCAUGAAGAAUGCCCACUCUCUCUUAAAAUAACUGUUGAAUUCUUGGUCCUCCAGCAGUGACGUGUUGAAUCUCCAUCUAGUUGAAGUACUGAGGAUUGUUUUGGUAUGCAGUUUGACAGAGACCAAUGAGUGGUCACUGAUUGUGUUUGAGUGAAUUUUUGUUUCAGAAAUAUCAGAAUGUAAAGAGUUACUAGUGAGAAAGAAAUCCAUUCUGGAGUAUGUACAAUGAACUUUUGAAAAAUGAGUGUAUUCCCUGUUAGUGGGGUGAUUUAGCCUCCAGCUGUCGCCAAGUCCACAAUCCUCCAUGUAUGCUUUCAAGACUGUAGUGGAUUGAGGUAUUCUGGUCUUCCCUGUUGUGUUUGAUUUAUCCAUUGCUGGGUCCAAUGUUGUGUUGAAAUCCCCACCUAUAAUUAUAUCUGAGCUGGGUAGAUUGUUAAGAAUGGAGAAAAGGUUAUGGAAAAAUGUAGGGUCAUCAUUAUUAGGACCAUAAAUACUAGCUAUUGUAAAUAGUUUAUUAUCUAUAGAUAUGUUAAUAAUAAUAUAUCGCCCUUCCGGAUCCGAGAUUGUAGUAUUAUGGUUGAAUUUAAUUUUAUUAUUAAUCAUAAUUGCAACUCCUCUCUGCCUUGAAUUAUAAUUUGCAGUAAAGACGUGUGGAAAAUGUGUAGAUUCCAGGACAGUACUUCUUAUAGAACUUAGGUGAGUGUCUUGCAAUAAGCAUGUAUCGGUUUGUAUUUUGAGGAUAUGAUUAAUAACUUUCAACUGUUUGGCCUGACUCCCAAUUCCACAUAUGUUCCAACUUAUGAACUUAAUAGUCGACAUAAUUUAGAGCGAGAAAGAGAGCUAGAGAGAGAGAGGUAGGGAGAGAGAGAAAGAGAGAGAGAAGAAGAAGAAGAAGAAAGACCGAAGGGGGGAAUAGGGUAUGAAGUGGUAGUAGUGUAUACAUAUACUUGUGUGUGUGUGUGUGUGUGUGUGUGUGCGUGUGUGUGUGUGUGGGUGCACGAACAAAAAAUAAGGUCUUGCAGUGCUUGAGAUAAAAAAGUGGAAAAAACAAGAAACGACAUCACAAAAAAAAGGGAAAUCAAAAAGGACUAUGCUGUGCACCAGCCGUGCCCAAGCUGCUUUCUUUUAAAGUCAAUUUCAAAAGCAAAAAAGCGAGUUAUAUUGGUAAACAAAGAAAAACAAAACAAAAAAAAAGGGACUUCACUGUGCCGAAUCUGCUGCAGCUCCCACUGGUCGCGGCGAUAAGUUCCUAUGGCAACGCGUCGCUCUGAUGACGUUUGUUAUCCGCGACUGUUGACAUGAGUGUUACCGGCUUGUGUUUGUGUCUCCUUCAAAGAGCCAGUGUGUGAUCUCGGGGUUACUAUACAGUUUACUAUUACUACAGUCAACUAUUAUAUACUCACUGGCAAUGCCAUAAGAAUGAAACAGAAGAAGGAUGGAUGGCGGUUUCUCCAGCAUGUGUGAACAUGUGCUUCCAUCUCCACUUCAAAAUAAAAAGUUUUAACUUAGUCGCUCGCUAUUGUGUUACAUUACACAUUGUAUGUCAUCACAUGCACAAUAGUCUGUUCAAUUGUCAAAAGUAGGCAAAAAGUGCAAAACCACAAAUACCAAACAUGAAACUUUUUGAACACUGGAUAAAUUGAUUACUUUAAUUGACAGUCAGCUAAAACUGGAGCAUGACUAAUGAGGGGGGAGUUUCACACAUCUCAGAUGAACAAUCAAACAGUGUGUUUAGUUACCUUACAGGUGUUGUCCAUGAUUGUGAAUGCUGCCCAAUAAUUAUUUAUAGAGCUUGACCAGGACCAGUACAAUUUCUGACCAUGGAGGCACCUGGCCAAAGGCCAAAGACGUGACCCUAACAUUAUUGGCCAUGUGCGGGGGCAAUAUAACUAUGUGUGCUGCUAUUUCCGAGAAUGGUGUGGCCACUCACAUCCCCAAUCAUGGUCCAUACAAUACACUGAAGCUCCUCCUUUCCUUGGACUGCCUUUCUUCUAAUUUGAUCCCUGAAAUUGAGAGAGGUCUUGUAUAUGUGAAGACAUUCAUGUGAUCAGUGUAGGGGAUGAUUGCAACUUUCACAUCAUUUCUUCCCUUGUUGCAUGACAAGGUAAAAUAUACACUGUGUGUGGAUGGGCAGGAAGAUGGUGGAGUCUGGCUCAUGUCCUAUCUGUUCCCAUGCAGGAGGUGGGGUUAAUGAACUGUACUGCUGACAGACAGCAGGGAGAGCUCUUCACGUUAAGACCUAACUUUAUUAAGCUGUUCUGUUAUCCAUGUACUUAUACUGUCUUUUUCCUUCAUGCUUUUAUUUUGUAUUGACAGGAAGUCAGUGUGCCAUCCCUGAAGUCCCACCCCAUACUCUAAUGAAUCCUGUCCAAUCAGAAUAUUCCUUCAAAGACCAUGUGCUGUUCACUUGUGAAGAGGGCUACAAGCUGCUGAAGGUGCAGGAAGAAGGGGAGAGCUUGUUGUCACACUUUUUACACUCGUAUAUUUCUUGGAAUCAAUACAUCAUAUAUAAACAAAAUGUUUACCAUAUGAAAGACCAAAGUCUCAGGUAUAUUUUUCGUAAUCAUGUCAUUUUCAUAUCUUGUGUCAGUGCAGUUAUAAGCAAUCAAAUAGAGAGUGUGAACAUGUGACAUGUGGCCCCACCAUGGGGUACGUGGUCUCGCUACAUGGGGUAAGAUGUCAAGCUUAUUAAACAAGGACAAAAUUAUUAUUGUUCACAUUUUUUCACAUGAAAGUGAACAUCAAAGUCAGGCACAGAAAUUGUUUUUCAUUUAGCUAGAAAAAGUCACUGAACAUAGCCAUAGAGCAUAAAACAUAAAACAUAAACAUAAAAUAUUAUGCAACAUGUUCUGGAGUUUGGAGAGCUAUCUGACUCUAUUUCGGCUGGGGUAAACGUUUUUGCAGCACCAAGCCAAGGUAUGGUAGUUGACAUUAAAGUCCUUUAUUGUGCUCCAGAUUGAUUUAUUAGCUAGGAUCACGUGCCUGACUGCCCUCAGCAUCGCGUCAGGCACUGCACUGCCACGUUCUGUUUUUUCUUUUGUAAUUCCUGACCAUGUAUUCUUGCUUUUUCCUCUCCUUUAAACCACUCUUCUCUGUAAAAAUAAAGUCAAAAUUUUAUUAUGACAACUGCUGAUAGGCAGACUCUUAAGGCUCUAUUUUCGUGUACGCCCGUGAGGCGGCGGAGGGCGGCAAGCCCCGCGCAGUUGUGUUUUUGUCAGGCGCAGCCCGGCGUAUAGCCAGUUUGGUAUUUUCGUGGACUGAGGCGCACGGAGGCGAGCCGAGAUCCGCCAAGCUGGGUGUGGUGGGGUGGCAGGGGGAGGUGUCGACAGAAUCAGCGGGCGCAGUGACAUUUUCGUGCUCGCCACCGGUGUGUAAAGUGCGCUGAAAGCUCGCCGAUACAAACCUGGUCAGCUUUCAGCGCAGGCAGAACGCAGCUGGUCUAGUAGUAUUUUGGUAGACCGGCGGCGUAUCAACAUACGUCACACAUGCCUCACCGGCAGGUUUCCACAGUGUCAGGCACAUUUCAGUGCAAUAAAUAAUCAUCAACAACUAAUAAUCUGAGUCAGCACAUAAAUUUAGAUCUACAUCGAUAUAUUCUGAUCUAUAUCUGAUCUGAUGAGCGCGUUUGGCACGCGUUUGGACACACAACCUGACCAAAUCAACACAGCUGAAACCGCAUUAAAUUAAAUUAAAUAUCUAGUAAAUAGACACACAUGAUGAAGUUAACAAGAUAUGUAAUUCGUCUCCCUCCUUUUUUUUCUUCCUCUUCCUCUUAUUUCUCGCACAGCUCGACCUGGACACGUCUCUGUGUCCUCUCUCUCUCCUGCUUCAGCAGCAGCUGAACAGAUGAUUUGUUUCAGCGCUCAGAUGCGUUAUCUACUUUAACCCUUUGAUGCACAACAUGGGUCAAAAAAGACCCGGCUGAGUUUAAAUUUUAUAUAUCUUUUCAAAAAAUUAAUUCCAUCAGCCGGUACUCAAGGAAUUCCUCAAUUAACUUGUUUUUGACGACCCUUCAUCCUUACGUUAAUUUUUCUUUUUUUACUUUUAGAAUAAAAACCGUUUUUGUAUCACUACCCCUCUAAUGCACAACAUGGGUCUAAAAUGACCCGUAUCCAUUUUCAAUGUUAUUUCAUGUAUGGCUGAGUGUUUCUAUGGUAUAUCUUUGAAAUAAAUUAAUUUUAUCAUUUACUAUUCCAAGUAUGCAGUAAAGAUCUUGUUUUAGUGGAGCAAAAAUAAUCAUUUUUAUUUUUCCUUUCUUACGUUAUGAGGAAGCACAGAUUUUGUAUUUCUACAUCAAGUUUACAUACAUGGGUCAGAAACGACCCACAUAUAGUGACUGUAGCAUUUAGCAUGAAAAGACCGUCUAAAACAUAUAAGUAUGGUUUUUCAAUUGUUCUGACAUUAUCUUAGAAAUUAUUGGAUGACAAUUGUGAAAUAUAAUUGUACAUAGAUUUGAUUUGAUUAGGUUUAGGUUACCUUGAGAGUGAGGACAUUACAUGUUGGAAAGUUACACAGUUACAGGUAAAACAGCUAGCGUUAUUUCAGCUAGCUAUAAUCAGACGCAUGUGUAUGUGACAAAAUGACAAAUAAACAUGUUGCUGAUACAAAAUACAUAAGUGUUUGGCCCAUAGACUGUAUAAAGAAUGGACAGCGUCUGCCUCCUUGCUGGGUGAAGCCGAGAACAGCACCCACUGUUUACAGGCUGCAGUAUAGGUCAUAAAUCCCGCCUCCGCCAGCAAACCUUAUGGAGCUGUGGACAAACUUUAGAAAUUUAUUACACAGAACAUACAUUUUUUUCCCCCCUGCUUGUGAUGUUGACAUGUAGUUAUUGUAAGACUGGUUUGGGCUCAAGUCCUCUUUUUUCUGUACAGCUAUGUUUUUAAAAGUUAUUAGGGGGUUCAUGUUUUCUAUGAUUGACACCUGCCAUAGACUGUAUAUAGAAUGGACAGAGUCUGCCUCCGCGCUGGGUGAAGCCACUCCGAGAACAGCACCCUCUGUUGAUGGGCUGCAAUAUAGGUCAUAAAUCCCGCCUCCGCCAGCAAAGAUUAUGGAGCUGUGGACAAACUUAAAAAAUGUAUUACACAGAACAUAAAUUUUUAUCCCUCCUGAUUGUGAUGCUGACAUAUAGUUACAGUCAGACUGGUUUGUGCCCAAGUCCUCUUUUUUUCUGUGAAGCUCCAUUUUUAAAAGUUAUUAGGGGUUCAUGUUUGCUAUGAUUGACACCUGAUACAGCCUAUGGGCGUUCAGGGAUUGCGUAGCUCUCCCGGGGGAUAUGCUGUUUGAGCCGAGUGUCAUCACAGCGACUCUCUUCAACUGUGCGGCCAAAUGGGCGCAUUGCUACUGCGCAGCGCUGGUUUCAGGAAAUGAAGAAAAAUCCUGGAAAUAUCGAGAGCUAUUUGGCUUCAAAUCUGUAUACAGGCAGUAGGCGGAACGAAGUUGUCCAUAGUAUAUACAGUCUAUGGAUACAGCCUAUGGGCGUUCAGGGAUUGCGUAGCUCUCCCGGGGUGAUACGCUGUUUGAGCCGAGCGUCAUCACAGCGACUCUCAGCAACUGCGCGGCCGAAUGCACGCAUCGCAACUGCGCAGCUCUGGUUUCAGAAAUGUAGAAAAGUCCCGGAAAUACCGAGAGCUUUUUGGCUCCAAAUCCGUAUACAGGCGGUAGGCGGAACCAAGUUGUACAUAGUAUAUACAGUCUAUGGUUUGGCCCCACUCACUGCUAAUUUCAUUACUUGAAACAAAUUAUUAUUAUAGUGUUAGGUAAUUCAAUAUUAAAUCACACUUGGAUGAAUGGGUCAUUUUUGACCCAUGUGUGUAAACUUGAUGUAAUAAUAUAGAAACUAUAUUAUUUCAUAAAGUAUGAAAAGAAAAAUAGAAAUAAUGAUCAGUGGUGAUCAAAAACAAGAUAUUUAAAGAAUACUUGGAAUAUUCAAUCAGAAAAUAAACUGAUUUCAAAAGAUAGAACAAAGAAAAACUCAGCCAGCAUGAAAUACCAUUGGAAAUGAAUGCGGGUCUUUUUAGACCCAUGUUGCGCAUUAGAGGGGGUGUGGAUAUGUUGCGCAUCAAAGGGUUAAGCCGACAUACGGAUAUUAUAAUAUUCAGUUUUGUGAGCCAAAUUUAUUUUAUAUGCCAACAUCUAUGAAAGAAAGAGCCAGGCCACGGAGCGCGAUGCGUCAUUUACGCACAGAUGGUUCUGAUUUUAAUGCCAUUUUUGGAGUUUAUAUUGUGAUCUGUGCGCUCAACCCACCUUUGUCACGUGAGGUUUGAAUAUGAGCAACUUUAUGUGAGUGUCUUUAUUUGUGGAAAAGGGUGUUUGUCUUACCAGUGGGUCCAACAUUACACACACCAAAUCCAUCUGUGCUGUAUGAGAGAGUGUGGAGGACGCCCAAUACAGCGCUUACAGUGACACUUGUUGAGGAGCUGCCCUUUGUCGCCAUCGUGUGGCAUAACUGUCUUCAGACAUCUCUUGAUCUCCUUGACUACUUCAUGAAAAUAGUAAUACGCCUCGCCGGUGGCGGAUUUAAAGGCAAGGAGAGGAGCUGAUGUGAUUGGUGAAAACAGGUCUCGGCUGUGUUAAACCCACUCCCCGCCCUCUCUCCUCCCUCGCUACGACUUACGCCGCUGGGAGGAGCUGAGUUAGGGAGGGGGGAUACAUACUCCGGGCUGCACCGCUCACCAAAAUACCAAAUUGUGCUUGGGAACGCCUUGUAGGCGCGGCGGACCUCACUUACGCCGCGCAUGCGCCGCGUCGCCGGCGAGGCAUGAAAAAAGAGCCCUUUAUGUUGAUUUUAAUCCCUUUUAAACAUGGGACAUCCAACCCCAAAAUGACUGACAUGUUGCCCCAAACUACCAUGUUUGCUAAUUAUAGCUCUAGCUUAAAGUUAGUUUAAAAUAGGAUAAUGACUGAGGUAUGGCAGGAUGCCUUAAUCUUUCCAAGUCCGCAUGUAUCACUGCUAGGAUUUUUAUCCAGAAGAAGCUUAUUUCAAAUUUCAAUUUUUUUUACUUUGGGUUGUGCGAAAUGGUUAGUUGGCACUCAUCUCAGCUCACAAUGUUCUCUUCUCAGACAGGACUUGACCCCUGACCAUGUAAAAGAAGACAACUAGUAUUCCACUUUUUAGUGCGCCCUCUGGUGGCAAAGAUAAUUGAGAUGUGACAACUUACCCAUGUGACACCAAACACCGGUCUUCCCUCCAGACUUUAUUCUGUUAAAAUACAGACUUUUAUUUCAUUAACUUUGAACACCUUCCACUAUUGUAACCCAGUAGACUGCUGACACUCAAAUAACAGUACUACUACUCCAAACUACACUACUACUACAUAGAACUGCAGUGUUGUUAAAAUAGCAGCAGAGUACCGUAGGACUACUAUCAGAAUACUACACCAGUACAUCUGUAUGAACUCUGUGAGUACUAAAGAAUUACUGUAGCAGUACUGUUAAAGUGGUGAACUGUAUGAUGGUGUGUGUGUCUAUGUGUGUUCAAUCAGGAUGGAGAGUAUCUGGAUCACUACCAGCUGGACUGUCAGGCUGAUGGAGCGUGGAGCAGCAGCCCCCCCCUCUGUCACAGUAAGACAGACACAGACACACACAGACACACACAUCGGUACACUAUCACCUACACAGUAGUAUAAAAAGAAGGAGUCAGUGAGAGGGUUUAAGGAGAAAGAAGGGGAGGAGUCAGUGGGAGCAGUUAGAGAAGAAAAUAGAGGAGGACUUAAUGAGAGGGGUCAAAAGAUAAUGUAGAGAGAAGGGGAGGAGUCAGUUAGAGGGAUUAAUGGAAAAAAAGAGAAGGACUAGACCAAAGGGGUCAAAAGAUAAUGAAGGGUAGGAGUUAGUGGGAAGGUUUAAGGAGAAUGAAAGGGCGGAGUCAGUAGGAAGGAUUAAAGGAGAAUAUAGAGGAGGACUUGAGGGGAAGGGUCAACAAAAAAAGAAAGGAGAAGAGUUAGAGCAAGGGUUUAAGGAGAAUGAAGGGAAGGAGUCAGUGGGAGGGUCCAAAGGAGAAUAGAGAGAAUGACUUGAUGGGAGGGGCCAAGAAUUGCAUGUACGUCGCAGAAAUGGGCACCACUUAUAGUAGAGUGGUCUUUCAUUUCUACUACUUUCACUUAUAGUAGAAAUGUACAGUUUAAAACCCAUACAAUUCUUAUUUGUGGGGCUAAACAGUGAUGAGUAAUGAUCUAAAAUUAAAGUUUAUGUCCUUUUGUGUCAUGUAUGUUGAAUAGACCUUGAGAUUAGAUGUUUUAUCAGCCAAAACAUUUCACUGGUGUGACUUUUUUUCAAUGCGGAAAACGCAAACUUAUGAUGAUCGAUUAAAUUUGGGUAACUGUUACUAAGGUGUUCUGUUGUACUGUAUCAUUUAGCAUCACUGAGAGGUAAACAAGCAACUAAAAUCAAAGAGUUUCAUUGUUGAGUUGUAUAUCUGCUGUUUUUCUGUCUGUGAUUAAUUAGUGAUUGAGACAAUAACAAGUCAUAGUUGUGUAAAUAUUACACCAGGAAAGUCCACAAAAUGGACUGACAACAGUUUGUAAUUUCAAAGAAUCAAAAUAAUAACUUUAUGGGUGGAUGCAUUUUUUGGCACAAGCUGUUUUUCUGUCUGCCAAAAUCUGCAUCCGCCUGUUAUUCAUCACCUUCAUCUUUUUUUCUCUCCAUAUAUUUAUGUCUUUUUUUUUUCAAUCUCAUUAUGGUCAUCAUGUUCACACUGGCGCCUGAUUGGCUGUCUUUCUGUCACAGUGGUGGAUUGUGGGAGACCAAAAGCUGUUGCCAUGGCUGAUGUGAUGUUUCAUAGUCAUGACAACAGCACAAUGUUCGGAUCUACAGUGGAAUAUGUGUGCAGAGAGGAUGGCAGCAAUAGUAAGAGUCUGUCUCCAUCAGAUAAACACACACACACACACACACACACACACACACACACACACACACAUAGAGUGUCAGUACACCAUCAUUUCCUUGGUUUCUUUUUUUACUUUAGUUUUCUACAAACAUAAACCUAGAACACUUAAUGCCCUUAAAUUUUGUUAGGGGUUUAGUCAUCAAAUCUGUUUCUAUCUGGUCAGUUGGACAAUAAUCCAAAGGUAUUUUCUAAUCAUUUACAGAGGACCGUACACAAUAUUUAAUCUCAGUAAGUAAGAAAGUAAGUAAAUUUAAUUUAUAUAGUACUUUUUAUAGAUAGAAUCACAAAGUGCUUUACAACAAGGAUAAAAUGCAUAAAAAUACAGAGAUCACAACACAAUACAUAUAACGGCAUAGAUACAGGCAACUUCACAGAGGACCCACAACAUCAACAUCAACAUCAGCUAAAAACCUCUCUUAAAAGAUAGGUUUAAAGUUUUCUCUCAAAACUUUCAGUGGACUCUAUGCUGCGUAAGGUCAAUGGUAGUACAUUCCAAAGGUGAGGGUCGCUGGCCUGGAAAGAGUAGUCACCUUGUGUUUUAUGCGGGGGACCAUCAAGAAUUUGUGGUCUGAUGACCUUAAUGAAUGUGAGGCAGAAUAGGGUCUCAGUAGCUCAGUGAUGUACGAGGGAGCUUAAUCAUGGAGGGCUCUAAAAGCAAGAACUAAAAUCUCAAAAUGAAUCCUAAAAUUAACUGGUAAUUGUUGUAGGGAAUAUAAAAUUGGGGUGAUAUGGUCCCUUUUCUUGGAUUCAGUUACAAGCCUUGCAGCUGCAUUUUGUACAGUUUAAAGGUGAAUUACAGUCUUUUUGUUAAAGCAUGAAAAGAGCAAUACAAUAGUCAAUGCGAGAUGAAACAAAGGCAUAAAUUAUCAACAUAUUUAUUUCAGGUCUUGAAAUCAUGGACCUCAGUUUAGCUAUGUUCUGCAGACGUUAAAAGCAAUUCUUCACCAACAGUUUACAGUGGUGAUUCAAGGACAUGUCCUUGUCAAACACAACACCCAGGUUUCGUAAGCUAGGUUUGACAGAAAGACCUAACCGACCUGAAUGCUGCUUUAUGAGGGGAAUGGCGCUAUUCGGGGCAAUGAUCAGAGUUUCAGUUUUGGCAGAGUUCAGUUGGAGAAAGUUGUCAUUUAGGCAUUGUGGGAUGGCAGUCAAACAGGCAGAUCAGUUGUCUAACUUAUGUAGCUCAAUUUGCUUGAAGGAGCAGUAGAGCUGAACAUCAUCAGCAUAUAGAUGAUAGGAGACAUCACUGAACUUACUGAUAAGCUGUCCAAGAGGGGUCAUGUAAAGCAAAAAGAGAAAAGGGCCAAGGACUGAUCCCUGUUGGACCCCACAGCCUAGCCCUGUCGUGUCAGAUAAUAACUGGUUGACAUGGACCACAAAACUCCUGUCGGUCAGAUAAGACCUAAACCAAUUCAAAACAGUACCUGUAAUCCCAAAAUUGUCUCUGAGUCUAUUUAGUGACCCACUUUAUGACCCACCGUGUCAAAUGCUGCAGUAAGAUCUAACAUUACCAGGACUGUAUAUUAACCAGUCUGCUGCCAUUAGGACAUCACUUGAAACUCUAAUUAAGGCAGUCUCAGUAGAGUGUUUUUCCCUGAAACCUGAUUGGAAGGUGUCAAAAAUGGAAUUUGCAUCAAUGAAGGUAUUGUAUACAGAUCCAAAAGAAAAGAAUAUGAUUAACAUAUAUCAUGUAUUCUCAACUGUGUCCCAUUGUAUCCAUUUCUCCCAUGUAGUCAAAAAGGCAGUAUUUCAUUCUAAGUUUAUAUGUCAUUCUGUCCAUGUUAUGGACUUCUCUAAUGAUUUUCUAACCACUCAUUCAUAGCUGGUGGCUCAGCUUUAUACCAUUUUCUUGUUAUUGCUUUUUUACAUGUGACCAGUAAUAUUUUUAUUAAAUUUCUGUCUUUGAUCAGGACAUAAUGAUUCAAGUUCCCAAGGUACAUAGCACUACAUUCUUUAGGUAUUUCAUAACCCAGGAUGGCCUUAAUUAUGUUGUGUACAUUUUCCCAAAAUGGAUAACGUUUCUGACAUCCCCAGAAAAUGUAUGUAUGAUUCGCUUCCCUUUCUCCACAUGUACACCAGCAAGUAUGCUGGGAGUCUGUUUGUUUACUUUUUAUUUGGGAGCAAUGCAGAAACGGGUUAGGUUUUUCCAACCGAAUUCCCACCAUAUUCUUGAGUUUGUGGUUGUGUGCUGUGCUUCACACAUAUUCUGCCACUCCUCUAUGUUGAUCUUCAAUUCAUUCUCCCACUUCUUCUUAAAAGGGACCUGCCACCAAAAUUGCAUACCCAUUUUUAUCAUUUUUUCAUAAUCCUUGAUGUCCUCUGAUCAUGUUUGCAACAUAAUUUUAGCUGAAAAGUUAUUUGAUGGUUUGUUUUAGUAUGCCUUAAAAACCUUACAGGAAAACCAACUGGUUUUGGCUCAUUAACAUUUAUGGUAAUGAGCUUUGCUCUGAUUGGAUCACUGCUGUGACGCCUGCUGUGCUCUGAUUGGCUCAGCAGUGGAGGUUGGAUUUCGGUUUAUCCAUUGUUAUUAUGCUAAUGCUAAUAGCAUAUGCUAAUGUGUGCUAAAGUAAGGUGCCCAGAUGUCUGUAAUGAUAUCCGGUGAUAUUUGGUGCGGCGGCGGCGGUGCAGGGGCUGCAGGGGCUGUGCGAUCACAGACAAAAUCUCAGUACUAUUUAGUAGCAGCGCAUGCCCCUUGUAAUAACCCCUGUAAGAACUGUUGUUCAGGACUGCUUACUUGUGCUUCUUACCUGUUCGGCUACUGUAAUAACCGUUGUUCGAGCCCACACGCAACAUUUUUGCUCUCAUUCAUGAAACGCCGAAAUCGGGGACAUUUUCGCGGACAGCUUUUGCCGGGGACAGGUCAUCCAAUACGGGGACUGUCCCCGGAAAUCGGGGACAUCUGGUCACCUUAUGCUAAAGGCUAAAAACGGCAGGUAUUAAACCAUAUAUUUUAGACCCCGAGUCCGAAGAGAAGGUGGAAGUUGAGGAAGAAGCCGGAGAUCUCCAGCGGUGUUUUCUCAUUCAUUCUGUCCAGCUUUAAGUUCAUUUUCCCAGCAGUGAACCGAAGGAAACACCGGUCGUUUGGAAGAGACCCAUAGCGGAUACAGUGGUAGCUGGGUCUCGCUCUGGCUGUGACUGAGUACGAAAACAAGAGAGUGGGCGCGGCUCACCGAGGACACGCUCGUGAAUAAUAAUGAGCAAUGUCAACGCAACGUCAGAUUGACCUGCUUUUUCAAUUGGCCUGGUUUACUCGUUCCUUUAUUUUAAACCUUUACAGAAUGCAAACGACGUAACGGUUUGUUUUCACAUUUACAACAUAAGACGAACAUAAUAUGGACCUUAUCUGACACAAAAAAUCCCAAAAAUUACAUUUUUAUGACAGGUCCCCCUUAAUGUACAGAGUGGAGACGUCUCCUGAGUCUCUUAAAUUUUGGUACAGUACUGAAACUGCUUUCAGUUUGGUUCCAUUGUAUGUCCUGAUCAUUGCCUCAAGUACACCAUUCAGGUUUUUUAUACUUUGUAUUUCCUUUAUAAAAUAGUCCUGCAACUGCAGAAAUCUGAAAUGUUCUCUGUUUUCGAGGCCAUAGUCUCUCAAAAUCAAACCAAAUAAUCAGUGUGUGUAGAAUUAUUGGGUCUACCUAUUCUUGUAGUGACUUCAUUAGUUUUGGGUUGCCAAUCAGGGCUUGGGUUGGUGUAUCUGCCCCCCCCCCCCCCCGGGAUAAAACCGGUUUGGUCUUCAUCAGUUAGGUCAGUUAGGCAGCGUGGGGCCAAGGUUUUGUCAAAGGGGCACGUUCAAUCAUAGGGAAUAAAAACAAACAAAUACACAUUUUAGGAUUCUUUAGUUUAAAUCAUGAAUAGAAUAGUUCAAGCAAAAAAAAGCCAAAGAAUUUCUAAACAAAUAAAAAUAAACACUUCCCUAAUAAAGCAGUGUUCAAGUCUUCUUUAAGGUUCAGAAUAAAGUGUGAUAAGAUUAUGUAAUACAAAUUGAGUUUAUGUGUGCUUCAAAAACACCCAACAAGCCAUCAGAUUAUUCAGGUGGUAAAAAUAAAAUAACACUGUUUUCACAAACUUUAAAACACAAUACUUUGCUUUUCUCAUCACAUCAGGCCCAGUGACAUUUGCCUGCAAUUUACAGAUUGAAACAUAAAUUCAAUCAAAUGUAAUGAGUUUUAAGAACACUUUUCAGAGUUCCAUUCAAAACCACACAUUUGUGAUUCACAAAUAUAGUAUCUGUUUUCCUUUUUAGCAUAUAAUGUUACAGCAACUGUAUUCUGCAUUUUUUGUGAUUUCUGGCAAAUCGAUCAACAAAAGACUCAAGAUUCAAAGCUUUUGCCCUCCGAGACUCAAUACUCAGUAUUGAGUCUUAGUCGAUCAUCAUUCAUGGUGGAUCUGAGGUAAGUUUUCACCAGCUUUAAUGUAGAAAAACUCUGCUCACAAGACACAGUACUCACUGGGAUGGCAACAGCUAUUUUGCAAAGCCUGUAGAGCUCGAAAAAGACAUCUUUAUAUGGUUCAAUGAACUGUACUAGUUCUACUGUACUGGAGGGUCUUUGCAUCCCUGUCUGUAUUUUUACCUCCGCCAAGGAGGUUAUGUUUUUGGUAGCAUUGGUUUGUUUGUUUUUCUGUUAGCAACUUUACGGAGAAAGUUACAGAUGGAUUAACCUGAAAUUUUCACCAGAGGUGCCCCAGGAGGAUCCCAUUACAUUUUACAUUUUGGUGGUGAUCCGGAUCGCCUUCUGGAUCCAGGAAUUUUUUGAAGGAUUCUGUAUCAUUGUGAAAUAGGGCAAAUUUUUUAAUUUUUGCAUUUAAUUCUAUAAAAAUGGCCAGAGUCUUUAGUAAAAAAUUACACAAAAGGAGCUCAAUGAGUUUUAUGAGGUGUCAAAGGUUGAUUCUGAUCCAAUUCAAUUUUUCAAUUCAGCUUUAUUUAUAUGGCACUUUUCGUGCAUGAGGAAAUGCAAUUCAAAGUGCCUCACAGAGGCUAAAAACAACAAUAAAAACAAAAACCCAACCCUUCGACCCACACACACACCCAUGGACCCACACACACACAAAGACACACACCCACCCUCACUCACCCACACAUACGCACACAACCGCACACAGUGUGAGAAUUUACGAUAUAAGUUAAAGAGACAUGGCCUGACACCGAGACAUUACAUGAGGAAAGAGCUACCUUCAGGAAACACUGGAGAUAAAAAUAGAGAUCAAAAUGGUGAAAAGAGUAAAACCUGAUGGACUAAAAUAAGAAAUUAAUAAUAUUAAAUGAACAAAUAAAUAAAAGGGAAAAUUUUAAAACUAACAGGAAAUUGAAAUUAAAAAAGGCUAAGAACAGAGAUAAUGAAUAGAAUGACAUAAAAUAAACAUCAAGAACUUUGAUUAAAAUUAACAUUUGCAAUAAGAGAAAUCUAAAAUGGCAAUUAGUAAAAAGCCUGGUUAAAAAAGUGAGUCUUGAGCCUCUUCUUAAAAAUAUCAACAGUCUCUGCAGCCCUAAGGCUCUCCGGCAGGCUGUUCCACAACCGGGGACCAUAAAAACUGAACGCCGCCUCCCUGUGUGUUUUUGUUUUGACUUUGGGUAAAGUUAAAAGGCCUGUGCCGGAGGACCACAGGGUCCGCAAGAGUUGAUAUGGUAAAAUUAGAUCAGAUAAAUAGAAGGGGCCAAGACCAUUGAUACAUCUAAAAACUAAUAAAAGAACCUUAAAAUCAAUCCUGAAACGGACGGGGAGCCAAUGCAGUGGUGCUAAAACUGACAUUAUAUGCUCUCGCCCUCUGGCCCUUGUCAGCACUCUUGAAGCUGAAUUCUGUAAAAGCUGAAGUGUUACAAUGAUCUAAACGUGAGGAGAUAAAAGCAUGCAUCAGCACCUCUGUGCUGGCCUGAGAGAGAAACGGGCAGACUCUGGCUAUAGUUUUAAGGUGGUAAAAACCUACCUUUGCUAUGUUUUUGAUGUGUGGAAUAAAACUUAACUCAGAGUCGAAAAUUACGCCCAGGAUGUUGAUACUUUAAAAUCUUGUAGUUUUGGUAAAAGUGUCUCUCUCAGGCCUUCAGGACCAAUAACUAAAACCUCUGUUUUGUCCUGGUUAAGCUGCAGGAAGUUGGCUGCCAUCCAGGACUUAAUGUCUAAAAUGCAAUUUAAAAGGGCAUCAAUUGGCCCGCUAUCAUCAGGAGACACGGCCAUGUACAGUUGUGUAUCAUCAGCAUAGCUGUGGAAGCUGAUGCCGUGCCUCCUGAUGAUGUCCUAAAACCUGAUUGGCACUUCUCUAAAAUGCUCUUUGUAUUUAAAAAAAAACAUUUACUUGUUGAAGAACAAGUUUUUCCAAGAUUUUACUUAAAAAUGGUAAAUUGGAUACAGGUCGGUAAUUGUUAAAAAUCUUGGGGUCCAGAUUGCUCUUCUUCACAAGAGGCCUCACCAGCGCUGUUUUAAAGGAGGUGGGAAAAACCCCUGUCUGAAGAGAGCAAUUUACAAUGUUUAAAAGCUGUUCCUCAAAGAAUCCAUAAAACUGUUUAAAAAACCGUGUGGGAAUUGGAUCUAAGAGGCAGGUUGUGGGGUUUACUUGGAAGAAAACUCAACCAAGUGUCUGCACAUCAACCAGUGCAAAACUCUCCAGUCUUUCCUCAGGUAAAAGCAGUGAUCCAGGUAUGUGAGCAGUUAAAAUCUGUUGAGAUAAAACACUGGAUCUGAUGUUGUCGAUUUUACUUCUGAAGUGGUCUGCAAAAUCCUCACAGAGGGUAUCAGAGGAUGACCCAGGGGUUCUGUUAAAAUUAUUGUUAGUUAAAAGAUCAAUAGUUGUCAAAAAAAAUCUGGGGUUAUGUUUAUUGUCAGCGAUUAGUUUUUUGUAGUGGGAAGUUCUUGCCUGUUUGACUGUGCUAUUGUAGGUUUUGAGGUGGUGUUUAAAAAUUUCAAGGUGGACUGUUAAUUUUGAUUUUCUCCAUCUUCUUUCAGCACUCCUGCAUUUUCGUUUGAGCUCUUUGAUAUGCUCGUUUCUCCAUGGGGGGUCUUGCUUUUUUCUUGAUUGUUUUGGUUAAAAGUGGAGCAACUGAGUCCAGUGUUGACCUUAGAUUGUUGUUAAAAUUAUCAAUGAUAAAAUCACAGGGUGCUGGUAAAAUUUGUGGAGAGGUGUUCUGUAGGAUGUGAAUAAAAUUUGCAGCCACUUCAGAAGUUAGGUAGCGUUUCCUCACCGUUAUGACUGGGCUCCCCCUCUGGUUAAAACUGCUGAUUUUAAAAAACACACAAAAAUGGUCAGAUCUUGAAGACUUAAAAACAGGCAACUGGACUGUGUAGAGUUGAGAAGACGUUUCGCCUCUUAUCCAAGAAGCUUCUUCAGUUCUAAAAGUGCUAGUGUCAGGAGCAGAUAUUUAUCUUACUGGAGAAGGGGGACAGUUAACGACUGGCUAGAGUUGAAAAGAAUGGGUCGUAGAAACCCAUCUCUCGGUGUGUGUCCCCCAAGUCGUUAUCCUGAAAGGGUCGUUAGCGACUCCUAUCAUGUGACCACAUGACUCAUGCCACCUGAGUCAUGUGGUUCCAGGUGUGAAUGUUUGUGGAGCUUCCUGGGGAGAGAGCUGAGAACUGCAUUGUAAGUGCCAGAGAGAUUGUGUCUGAGUCCACCCCCUCUGUUCAGAGAAGGUUUCUCCAGCCUGGUAAAGAUGGCUUCUUUAACUCAUCUUUCAAACCAUCUGUCUUCUCGAGCCAUCACCUGUACAUCGCUGUCCUCAAAAGAGUGACCCGUAUCCUUCAAGUGAAGGUGGACAGCUGAGUCCUGUGUUGAGCCAUGCGCUUGUUAAGCGGUUGUUUCGUUUCCCCAAUGUCCAGGUCCAAGCAUUCCUCGCUGCACUGGACGGCGUACACCACAUUACUCUGUUUAUGUCUCGGUGUUUUGUCCUUGGGACGGACUAGCUUCUGCCUUAGUGUGUUACCAGGCUUGAAAUGAACAGGAAUGUGGUGUUUGCCAAAGAUCCUCUUGAGUUUUUCCGACAGGCCUGCAACGUAAGGGAUUACAGUGCUCUUGCGUCUCUCCUCCCUUUCCUGUUCAGUGUUAUUUCUCUUUCUGUUCUUCACAAAGGCCCACUUAGGGUAUCCACAGGUUGUCAGGGCAUUUUUGAUGUGCUUUUGUUCCUUUUCCAUACCUUCUUUCUUCGUGGGAAUGUUCUCGGCCCGGUGGUUGAGUGUUCUGAUGACACCCAGUUUGUGCUGCAGAGGAUGGUGGGAAUCAAAAAGUAGAUAUUGAUCCGUGUGUGUUGGUUUCCUGUACACUUCAACGUUGAGACACCCAUCUGCCUCCAAGUGUACAGCACAGUCCAAAAAGGCCAACUGAUUCUGGCCUUUUAUAUAUAUAAGGUGGACCUUAUAUGGUGGACCUUGGUACAUCUCUUUUUGUAUUGAUAGCCAUUUAGGAUGAGAAGCUGAUCCAGAUGUGAACACAUACAGUUUUUCUAGAAGAUAGACAAACUCCUCUGCCUCCGGGACAGCUUUGAUGGCGUCUACUAGAACUAAGUUUAGACAGUGGGCACUACAAUGGAUGUAAAAUGCAUACUUUGAUUCCUCUUUGAUUAUUGCCUGGACCCCUGAAUGCUUGCCACUCAUGACAGAGGCCCCAUCAUAUGCUUGGCCCACCAGUUUUUUUUGUAUUCCAGACUGUGACUUUCCAGAAUGUGGAUGAUUUUCUCACUAAACUCUGCUGCAUCAAGCUUCUCUGCGGAUUCAAAAUGGAGAAAACUUUUCUGAAUCGCUCCUUUGUAGUAGUACCUCAGUACGAAAGAGAUCUGUUCCUUCUUCUUAACAUCUUUUGUUUCAUCUGCCAUAAUGUUAAAGACUUCACUGUUUUUCACCUCUUCUGCAAUUUUAGUUCGAACCAUGUGUGCUAGACAAUCUAGAACCUCAUUCUGGAUUAUUUUGCAUGUGUACUUUGCAUUAUGAAAGGAAGUCAACCUCUUUUUCACAGCUUUGUCAUGGUUAGCAAUUGUCUUCAAAAUUGAUUUGAAGUUACCUUUAUUCUCUGAGUCUGCAGACUCAUUGUGACCUCUUUAAGGUAUGUUUUGAGUGGCUGUUAGUAGCAGCACUUUCCCUAUUGUCUUAGGUCUACGAUCUGAAAACCAGUUUGGCUGUUGAGACAGAUUUGAAAAACGCAGCCUGCCCCCCCUUCACUCACCCCUCCCCUACAUGUUCCCGUCCCCCCAGCUCGUGUCCUCUCCUAACAACAUGCCCCCUCUGAUAGAGCAAGAAGCCGAAAAUAUCAGCAGUGGUACACAGUGGUAGCUAUUUCAAUUGGACCGUCGCGAUCAAAACCAUAUAUUAGCGGGGCGAAGCGGGUCUGGCGUCGCCACUGCUAGCCGGUCAGAGCAGAGCCGAUUGUUAGUGAGGCUUCACCUUUCUCGGCGUGUCUUCACCAGCUCAGUUUACAAUGCUAAAGAUGUGUGGCUAACUUGUGCUAAAAUCUAUUGAAAGAGCAUACCUUUUCCGACCAACAACGUUCAGUCAUUAGCCAGUAUAGGCACAGACUAACCAGAGUUAUUCAGCAGACAUUUCCCACUGUGGUAAACAAAGUAAUCACCUGUUCAACAGAAAUUCGGCUGUCUCAGCGUCAGUUUUCAGUCCCAAAUCCUUCUGCAGCUUUUUCCACAGGUCGUACAUUUCUCCAAUGUAGACUCUCCGUUUGCACCUGUAUCGCUCAUAUUUCUUCCUUGCUUCAGCCUUUUCCUCGAAACUUUUUUGUUUCCUUCCCUUCGAUGUGGAGGGUAACAGAAGCAGCCUCCUGGUUUUGGUGUUUGUCUUGUCCGGCUCCAUUAUGCUUCAGCAGCUGUGCAGCUUACUAAUCACAUGUACGUGAGGGGGGUAGUGGGGAGGAGGCGGGACCAUGAGCGGGGCGGCGUGGAGCAGGGAAGACAGGGGAUUGGAUGGACUUAUGGACCACUCCGAACUUAUAAACAAUGUUAUUAAUAAGUACCAAGCUUCCAAAUGUUAGACCAUAGCUUUAACAUAUAUUUGUUCCUCAGGUUCUUAAACAAUUUUUUAUUUUUAUUUUUUUUUUUAUAUUUUAUUUUUUUUAAACUUAUAUAACAUACAAACAAAACAAAACAAAACAAAAACACAAAAAUAGUGAUGGUGGGUACAUAUACAGACAAGACAGAAACAAAAACAGUUAUCAGUAUAUAUCAGACAGAUAUAUAUGGACAGAGGGCAGAUAGACAAUGGACAAGCAGAGGAAUUAAGGAGGACAGACUGAGGAUAUGAAGAGGAAUCGCAGAGGACAGACAAGUGCAACAGAAGAAACACAGAAGACAGAGAGAAAGAGAAAUCACAGAGGACAGACAGAGGUCAUAAAGAGAACAUGCAGAGGACUUACAGAGGACAGACAGAGGACAUAAAGAAGCUAGACAGAGGACAGACGACAGAAUCACAGAGGACAGACAAAGGGAGGUCGAGAAGACAGGCAAGGGAAUCACAGAGGACAGACUAAGGAAUUACAGAGGAUAGACAUAGGAACAGAUAUCCAUAAAUGUUCCCAGCAAAGACUCCACAUCCUCCGCAAGCUCUGUUCCAUGUCUGUCAAACCAAAACUUCUCCUACUGUUAUACACCAGCAUCAUUCAACCCAUACUUCUAUACUGCUCCCCCUGUUACUUUAACAUGCUGUCAAUCACUAACAGAAAUAAACUCACCAAGGUCACCCACACAGCAUCCAAAAUCAUCAGCCUGUCCAUUACAGACUUCUCACACCUCAACAAUAUCUCCAUCACACGCAUGGCCUGGACAACCAGCACAGACUCAGACCACCCCCUCCACAGUCACUUCUGCCUGCUGCCCUCAGGCCGAAGGUUCAGGACUUUGAGGUGGAAGCGGGCAUGCUUCAGUAAGAGCUUUGUCCCUUCCGCAAUCGCUGCCCUGAAUAGUUUGCAGUGAUAAUCCCUUGUUGUCCUUAAGUCUAUGGGCUCUAUUUUCGUGCCUCGCCGGAGACGUGCCGCAAGCGCAGCGUCAAUCAGAUCUGCCGCGCUGACAAGGCGUUCCCAAGCACAUUUUGGUAUUUUGGUGAGCCGCGCAGCCUGGCGUAAGUAUCCCCCCUCCCUAACUCAGCUCCUCCCAGCAGCAUAAGUCGUAGACGAGGAGGAGAGAGGGCGUGGAGUGGGUUUAACACAGCCGAGACCUGUUUUCACCAAUCACAUAAGCUCUUCUCCUUGCCUUUAAACCCACCACAGGCGAGGCGUAUUACUAUUUUCAUGAAGUAGUCAAAGAGAUCAAGAGAUGUCUUAAGACAGUAAUGCCACAAGAUGGCGACAGAGGGCAGCUCCUCAACAAGUGUCCUCCACACUCUUUCAUAUGAGCACAGAUGGAUUUGGUGUGUGUAAUGUUGGACCCACUGGUAAGACAAACACCCUUUUCCACAAAUAAAGACACUCACAUAAAGUUGCUCAUAUUCAAACCUCACGUGACAAAGGUGGGUUGUGCGCACAGAUCACAACAUAAACUCCAAAAAUGGCAUUAAAAUCGGAACCAUCUGUGCGUAAAUGACGCAUCGCGCUCCGUGGCCUGGCUCUUUCUUUCAUAGAUGUUGGCAAAUAAAAUAAAUUUGGCCCACAAAACUGAAUAUUAUAAUAUCCGUAUGUUGGCUUAAAGUAGAUAACGCAUCUGAGCACUGAAACAAAUCAUCUGUUCAGCCGCAGCAGCAGCAAGACGGACAGAGGACACGGAGACGUGUCCAGGUCGAGCUGUGCGAGAAAUAAGAGGAAGAGGAAGAAAGAAAAGGAGGGAGACGAAUUACAUAUCUUGUCAACUUCAUCAUGUGUGUUUAUUUACUAGAUAUUUAAUUUAAUUUGAUGCGGUUUCAGCUGUGUUGAUUCGGUCAGGUUGUGUGUCCAAAUCGUGCCAAACGCGCUCAUCAGAUCAGAUAUAGAUCAGAAUAUAUCUAUAUAGAUCUAAAUAUAUGUGCUGACUCAGAUUAAUAGUUGAUGAUGAUUAUUUAUUGCACUGAAAUGUGCCUGACACAGUGGAAACCUGCCGGUGAGGCAUCAGUGACGUAUGUCGAUACGCCGCAGGUCUACCAAAAUACUACUGGACCAUGCGCUGAAAGAUGACCAGGUUUGAAUCGGCGAGCUUUCAGCGCACUUUACACGCCGGUGGCAAGCACGAAAAUGUCACUGCGCCUGCUGAUUCUGUCGACACCUCCCCCUGCCACGCCACCACGCCCAGCUUGGCGGAUCUCGGCUCGCCUCAGUGCGGCUCAGUCCAAGAAAAUACCAAACUGGCCUUACGCCGGGCUCCGCCAGACGAAAAUACAACUGCGCGGGGCUCACCGCCCUCCGCUGCCUCACCGGCGCGCACGAAAAUAGAGCCCUAUGUGUCCAUGCCAGUGUGUGUUAAAAUGAAUUUCCCCCCGGGGACAAUAAAGAUUGAUCUAUCUAUCUAUCUAUCUAUCUCCAUCCAUCCAUCCAUCCAUCCAUCCAUCCAUCCAUCCAUCCAUCUAUCUAUCUAUCUAUCUAUCUAUCUAUCUAUCUAUCUAUCUAUCUAUCUAUCUAUCUAUCUAUCUAUCUAUCUAUCUAUCUAUCUAUCUAUCUAUCUAUCUAUCUAUCUAUCUAUCUAUCUAUCUAAUCUAAGAAUCUGUGUGGUGCAUUAUGAAGCGUAGACUCAGACCACCCCCUCCACAGUCACUUCUGCCUGCUGCCCUCAGGCCGAAGGUUCAGGACUUUGAGGUGGAAGCGGGCAUGCUUCAGUAAGAGCUUUGUCCCUUCCGCAAUCGCUGCCCUGAAUAGUUUGCAGUGAUAAUCCCUUGUUGUCCUUAAGCCUAUGGGCUCUAUUUUCGUGCCUCGCCGGAGACGUGCCGCAAGCGCAGCGUCAGUCAGAUCUGCCGCGCUGACAAGGCGUUCCCAAGCACAUUUUGGUAUUUUGGUGAGCCGCGCAGCCUGGCGUAAGUAUCUAUCUAUCUAUCUAUCUAAUCUAAGAAUCUGUGUGGUGCAUUAUGAAGCGUAAAAUAGGACAACGAAGAACUGAAGCUGUACAUCGAGCAAGAAUGGGAAAGAAUUUCACCUUCAAAGCUUCAACAAUUAGUCUCCUCAGUGUCCAAACGUUUAGAUAGUGUUGUUAAAAGGAAAGGUGAUGUAACACAGUGGUAAACAUGCCCCUGUCCCAACUACUUUGGCACAUGUUGCAGCCAUGAAAUUCUGAAUUAAUUGUUAUUUGCAAAAGAAAAUGAAGUUUAUGAGUUUGAACAUUAAAUAUAUUGUCUUUGUAGUGUAUUCAAUUGAAUAUAGGUUGAAAAGGAUUUGCAAAUCAUUGUAUUCUGUUUCUAUUUACAUUUAUCACAAUUUCCCAACCUUGAUGGAAUAGGGUUUUGUAUUUCCUUAGGCUCCAGACACGAAAGUCACCAAAAUAUCUUGGAUUUAAUUGGUUAAAAAUAUAAAACUAAUUGGCCUGAGAUGCAGGAGCUAGGCGAAAGUGAACCUCUCACCCUGAGUGCAUCAUGUGACCUCUCUCUUGUCCAUUUCUGAUACAUGCCACAAUAGCAGUGUCAUCUGACUAUUUCUGGAUGUGGCAGGACUCAGUGCUGUAUUUGAAGUCUAAUGUAUACAGUGUGAACAGGAAUGGCGACAGCACUGUCCUUUGUGGAGCCCCUGUACUGCUCAUUCAUGUCCCAGAAACACAGUUCCCCAGCCUGACGAAUUGUGGCCUUCCUGUCAGGCAAUCUGCGAUCCAGGAAACCCACCCAUCUCUGUGAGCUUGUCUUUGAGUGUGGUGGGUUGGAUGGUGUUGAAUGCACUUGAAAAGUUGAAGAACAUGAUCCUCACAUAAACCCCAGGUUUUUCCAGAUGAGACAGGGCACGGUAAAGCAUGUAGAGGACAGCAUCAUCCACUCCGAUGUGUUCUUUGCAUGCAAACUGCAGGGAAUCCAGUUUGUCUUUGACCUCAGACCUCAGAAGGCGUAGAAUCAUGAUGUUUUCAUGAUGUGUGAAGUGAGGGCCACUGGUCUGUAGUCAUUGAGUUCAGCAGGACAUUUUGUUUUUGGUACUGGCACAAUGCAGGAUGUUUUCCACAGAGUAGGCACCCUACCCAGCUGUAGACUCAGGUUGAAGAUCUUGUGGAGAAGUUGAUACAGUGCUGCAGCACAGUCUCUAAGCAGCCUUGGACACACACCAUCUGGAUCAGCUGCCUUCCCAGGACAAAGUCUUCCAAGCUCUAUCCUGACCCCUGUCUCGGUGACAGACAAGGACUGGUGUUCUAGGAGGGAGGCAGUUGAAGUGGUUGAGACAUUUGAACGAGAUGGAGGAGAAACGGGAGAAGUUGUAGUGGAGAUUUGUUGCAGAGAGGAAGGUGGAGUAGCAGUGGAAGUGGGUGUGACAGCACUGUCAAUUCUGUUAAAGAACAGGUUAAAUUCAUCAGCUCUUUCCACAUCACCCACAACUGGCUGUCUUUUCUUUUUAUUGCUGUGUCCAGAGAUGGUACUGAUUACUCUCCACACUUCAUGGAUGUUGCUGUGUUGUAGAUUAUUCUCUAUCUUCUUUUUGUACUCCAGCUUUGCCAUCUUCAGUCACCUCUUCAACUCUUGUAGCACUUGUUUGAGUUGUUCUUUGUCACCAUCUUUAAAAGCUUUCUUUUUCUGGUUACCUCCACCAAGGAGGUUAUGUUUUUGGUAGCGUUGGUUUGUUUGUUUGUUUGUUUGUUUGUUUGUUUGUUUGUCUGUUAGCAACUUUUUUUAUAAUUUUUAUUUUUUUAUUUAUUUCUUUAAUUGUGGACAUGGUUAAAAUGUAUAUAAACUUUACGGAGAAAGUUACAGAAGGAUUGACCUGAAAUUUUCACCAAAGAUGCAUCUCAGCCCCAGGAGGAUCCCAUUACAUUUUGGUGGUGAUCGGGAUCGCCUUCUGGAUCCAGGAAUUUUUUGAAGGAUUCUUUAUCAUUGUGAGAUAGGGCAAAUUUUGGAAUUUUUGCAUUUAACUCUUUAAUAAAAAUGGUGAGUCUUUAGUCAAAAAUUACACAAAAGGAUCUCAAUGAGUUUUAUGAGGUUUCAAAGGUUGAUCCUGAUCCAGACAAAAUUCCGGAUACUGUGAUCCAGAACACACAAAAAUUAGGGUGUCGUUGGAAUUUUCAAUGCUGAAAGCCAAUGGGCUGCACAGUGGUGUAGUGGUUAGCACUGUUGCCUCACAGCCAGAAGGUCCUGGGUUCGAAUCCGGGUCAGGGCAUUUCUUGUUUUAGGAACAUUAUGAACAGUGAACAUACCAGUUUAAGUACAAAUAAAAGUUAAUAAAAGACAUGUAACAGUAAAAGUUUUGGUGUGAAUCACAAUAUAAAGAGGGACAUGAGCUGCUUGGUGGAGGUCUGCGCUCUCCGAGUGCUUUUCUAGUCAAGGAUUGCUUUUAUGUUGCUUGUGAUCCAGAGUUUGUUGUUGGGGAAACAGCGAACAGUUUUUGUGGGUAUAACUGUGUCUCUACAGAAGUUGAUAUAAUCAGUAAAGCAGUCAACCUGUCUAUCAAUGUUCAUACUAUCCACAUCUGUUUCCAGCUGCACAGUCCAGUCUGUUGAUUUAAAACAGUCCCUUAGAGCUUCACUGGUUUGAGGUGUCCAUCUUCUGAUUUUGACUUUAGUUGCAGGCUGCCUGCAGAUAGAACAAGUUAUGAUCUGAUCUGUCCAGUGGUGGUAAGGCAGUAGCUCUAUAAGCUUCUUUGACGUUGGCAUACAGUAGAUCCAGGGUUUUGUUUUCUCUGGUAGGACAGUUCACAAACUGUGUGAAUCCAGUCAGGUGAGAGGAGAGGGUGACAUGGUUGAACUCCACUGAUAUUAUUAUUAUUAGUGCCUCAGGGUGUUGAGUCUGUCUCCUGGCAACACUAUUAUGCAAAAAAUCGCAUGGAAUUAAAUUAUUGAAAUCAUUAAAACACUGUACUAGUGAAUUCACAUCCUCAUCAUCAUAAUUAGCAUUUGAAGCAGGCUCAGCAUCAAACAAGGAUAUAAAAUUCUCAACAACAGGCUAAUUAAUAAAACGUUUCUUUCCUUGAACACUACACAAUAAGUGCUUCUCAACAUUUUCCAUAUCAAAGGGGACACAGCUGUGCUCACUGACAAGAAAAUCCUCUAUAUGAAGCUUUUCAACAGUCAAUCCAUGUGAGAAGACAAGGUCCAGUGUAUGUCCCUUGAUGUGUGUGGGACCAGAAACAUGCUGCACAAAGUGAAAAGACUCAGUGAUAUUUAACAGCUUAGCAGUAGUAUUAGAUGACUGAUCAUCAACAUUAAUAUUAAAAUCACCGAUAAUUAGAACCUUAUCCAGUUUGAUAAUAGAAGUUAAAAGUUCAGUGAAGUCAGAUAAAAACCCACCAGCUGGGCCAGGAGGGCAAUAGAUUAAAAUACAGUAAAAUGGGCAGUAAAAUAUCCACAUGUUUACAUCUCUGUCUUCCGACAGAAUUCUUGGCUAGAGCAAUUGUGCCCUGAUUGUCCUCAUACACCCUGGGUAGUGCAUACAGAUGGUUACCAAUACCAGCUAAGAGCUGUGCAAGGUACAGGCACUCUUGAAUGGUUGCAGCCUCACAGGCAGACAGUGCCACUAUGGGCUGCUGGCCUGAGUUAGGCUUACACAGUACCCAGAUGCACUUUGUCUAUCAUUGACAUCAGCAGCCCAAUUUGCAUCACUGUAGGCUUGUACACCCAGGUUCUUAUGACAUUUUCUGUAACACAACUUCCUGUCACUUGAACCCUUCAGAUACCUCAAUGCAUGUUUGACAGUACCCCAUUGUUGUUCAGUAGGUUCAGAAAACUGCUGUGACAGUCUGCUUGCAACAAAACUCGAAUCAGGUCUUGUACAAACAGUCAAAUAGAUAAGACUGCCCACUGCCUCUCUGUAUUUUGUAACAUCCCCCAUCAGUGCAGCAUCAUCAGUGAAAUUCCGUUUCUGCUCACAGGUGGUUGAUAUAGGCUUACAAUCCUGCAUGUUGAACCGUUCCAGGAUUUUACCAACAUACUUUGAUUGUGACAUUAUUACACAGUUCUCACUAUGUUCAAAAUGUAUGCCAAGAACAUGUUUUUCUUUGUCCAAGUCUCUCAUUUGAAACCUUGUUGUAAGCAUGUCCUUUGUAACCUUCAUGAACUCCUCAUCACUUGUUGCAGUGAUUAAGUCAUCAACCUAAAUUACCAUAAUCUCCUUCUCAUGUUUUUUCCCCUUGAGUAAACACAGUGGUCAGCCUGACUUUGUUGAAACUUAUUUUGGGUCAGAUACUCAUGUUAGAGUUUGUUCCAAUUCCUGCCUGAUUGUUUCAGCCCAUACAGUGAUCUCUGUAGCUUGUACACCAACUCUUCAUUUGUGUGAGAUUUUAUCUUUUAGCCCUCUGGCUUUUCCAUGUAGAUUUCACAGCCAAUGGGUGCAUUAAAGUGGACUGUCUUUACAUCCAGUUGGUGCGAGAUCAAAUUUUUCUGUGCUGCUUUCCACAUCAAAAUUCUGAUACUAGCCACAUUAGCUGUAGGAGAAAAUGUUUCCUCAUAAUCUACACACAUCUUGUGACUGCAUCCUCUGGCAACAAAACAGGCUUUGUAUUUCUCAGAUCCGUCGACAUUAGUUUUAAUUGCAACACCCAUCUACCUCCAACUGCUUUCUUACCCUCAGGUAACUUAGUUAUGGUGAACGUGUUAUUCUCUUUAAGUGAAUGCAUUUCUUCAUCUAUUGCUUGGACCCACUCCUUUGACUUAUCUGAUGUCACAGCUUCUGUAAAUGAAACAGGUAUGUUACACAUCACUCAGUAGCAGUAAUCUAUGUUACUAUGGACUUGAUCAGUCUCCUCCUUAGACACAUAUUUAGACACACUGCAAUCUGUGUAUCUGUCUGGCUGCCUCCUCCCUCUGGAGGGUUUUUGUUAGGUCUAAAACCUGCAACAUUUACCUGAUAACAUAUAAAGAAGAGAAAGACAAUGGUAUAUACUCGAGGAGAAUGGACAGAGAUAGCAUCAGGUACCACUCUGAAAGGUAUUUCCGCCCAUUCUCUUUAUUUAGGGUUGUCCCUGGUUACACAAUGUUUCUAAAGGGUGGGGUAAAAAUAUGUGCAGCAACGUAAGCACUCUCAUAAAACAUAAUAAUGAACAACUGUGAAUAGGUGAAGGUCAAGGCGACAUUUGUUGCAUCUAACGAGCUCCUUCUGAUAAGAGCGUAUCCUCCUCUUAUUUCCACGAUUCACAGCGGAGGAUACGUCACCCACACACACACACACCUGCUGAUAAGAGAAACGAGGUCACAGAGAAGUUAAGAAACAUUCAUGUGCUGUGUAAUUAAGCUAUUGGAGAGAAAAGUUAGAAAACACUCUUAUAUGUGUAACAAGAGGUCAAAACAGUUUAUACUUGUAGUAAACUCUUACAUAAGAAUAUGAGGAAUAAUGAUAACUUCUAUAUACAUUUAUGCACAUUAUUCUAACAUUUCCCUCCUGUUUAUCAUUACUUUACUCAAAUUCUCAUAAUCCCUCUAGUUCACCCACUUCUCUAGAUUUUCAGCUGCGAGUUCAUGUUUAUAACUACAAAGAAUUUACACACGGAGGUACAAGAUGUUGCUUUAGUCAGAAUCAUACUCAUCAUCAGGAUUGGGGCACAGGUCAGGCCAUUGAGUGUCAUCAAGUCUGUCCUCCUCGUCCUGCUGAUGGAGCAGCGGGUACAAUUCCUGCAUCUGCUGCUCCACAGGGGACAACGUUGUGGUGAUAAGGCGGUUAAGAAGAGAACGAAUACAGGGAAUACAGCAACAUCCACACAAGGUCAAAUUAGCUGCAAAAACAGCAACAGAGAUUAGGACUGAAUCUACAAGAUUUCUUUAUUUUCCAAAGACAUUCAUCCAAUCGUCCUAAAAGGAGUUAUCUAUUCCUGAGUGGUCUUUCAUUUUGCCAUUAAGCGUUUUAAGGCCCUCUAUGGCUCGAGUGAGGCUGCCAUCGGCAGCAGUGUUAUUAGGAAUGAACGUGCAACACGUUUCUCCAAACAUGGCACAUACACCUCCUUUUUCUGCGAGCAGCAUGUCAAGGGCUAUACGGUUUUGGAAAGCCAUCAGGGAAGUUGCAGAUAACUGCGAGUGACCGGCCUGAAAACCAGCCUCAGUCCAAUUACCUAGCUUUUGAACGUUGAAAUGGAUGUAGUUGAUUCUGAUUCGAUCUAUUUUUUUUUUUUAUUGUACACCAAGGACAGACGAGAGACUCAAAGCCUGCAGCAACUUGAUUUACUAGUUUAUACUCAUCUGGUACCUCACGAGGAACUAUCUAUAUUAGUCGGGUCUGACUCUGUUUUCUAGUUUCUUUUUACUCUGGAGUGGCUCAACAAAGGAAUAAGACUAACUGCAGAGGUUAAAUUUGCCACACUGGUCUGGAAAGUUACAACAGUUAGGAUUAAGGUCACUAAGGCCCUAUUAUCAGUCUGCUGUCAUUCAGGUACAGCUACAGAAAAACACGAACAGGUUUGUUAUGGUUAGGGAAUUCCUAGUACAGACAUAGAAGUUAGACUGAUUCUUCAUUUUUGCUAGAUAUUUUGCAUAUCUGUACCACAUGUUCACUUCAAAUGAGUUUUUUUUAUUAUUUAUUGAGAGGGAUUGCGAAGCAUUCCACUAUAUUUUAUUCAUUUCUUUAUUAAUAUUAUUCUUCCACCAUUUUUUUUUUUUUUUAAUACUCUGUCACUUUCAUUAGCCAUUCUAUCUCCACAUCUGGUCUGUUGUUGUCACUUCUCUUUCCUUCCUUAAGUUCAUCUGAAGUUGUAAAUAAUGUUUCAGUAGGUAAAUUAACAGUUUCAGGUUUAGCAGAAGUAAGAUACUUAACUUCCCCAUUUUCCUAAGCUCCUAAGGAAUUCAAGACCAUCUAAUCUUCACUGACAUUGAGACGAACGCCCACUAUAAGGACGCCCCCCUUUGAAGUCAGACUUUCCUAACUAAAACCCAUAUAGGUUUUUUUUGCAAUGGGAAAGAUGUAUCCAACUACUUCUUUGUGCUAUUUUUACUGCUGUGGGUGUCAUCAGUAGUACCUUUUUUUUUUUUUUUUUUUUAUUCCUUCCACUUACUUCAACGUAUUCAAAACCAUUCAAACUUCAGGAGAUUCCAGCUUAUAUUCAAAAUUUUCCUAAUCAUUCAUACUUUCUGAGAUAUUCCAGGUUUUCCGACCAAUUUUUCUCAUUAGAAAUGCAUUAUGGAAUUUUCAAAUUGGCCCUUUUCUCACAUUUUCUUUACACAACUUUAAAAGCCUUCAACUCCUCUAUACUUCCAGAUUAUGAUCAUUUUAAUUUUCCAGUUUUAAAUCAUUUCAUUCUUCACUCAAUAUUCAAUUUUUUCAAACUAAUUUCAACUCAAUUAAACUGAUUUAAACCUUUCUGAAUCUUCAAAUCUCAUAUCUUUCACAUAUUUUUUGAACUUAAACCAUUUACAAUAGCAGCUUAGCGACGGCAAUUUCAGCUGGAGCAAUCCAUCUCGCAAUUUCUUCAGAAAUUGCAUUUUCUAGUUAUUAUUAUUAUUAUUUUUUUUUUUUUUUUCAUUUACAAAAUGAGUUCCAUUUUCACUGUAGAUUCGUUUUGGAAUGCCAAAUCAAGAAAUUAUUUCUCUACGCAGGAUUUUUGCUACUGUUAAUGCAUCUGGAUGGGUAACAGGAAAUAAUUCUAUCCAUUUAGUGAAAGGAUCUAUUAACAUUGAACAAUAUUUCUUUCUCUCACACUGAUUUAAUUCUAUGAAGUCCAUGUGCAUGGCUUCAAAUAAUGCAUUGGUUGGUGGAAAUUUGCCUCUUUUUGGUUUUAUACUGUCUUGAGCACUAUGUCUAGCACAAACUGAACAAAUCAAAUAGUUAAUAAUUUUUUUAAAAUAAUUUAUGAAUCAAUAGGGGGUAAAGUGUUGAUUAACUACUACACUCAUCCCUCCUGUCGAGACAUGGCAAGGCCCAUGACUCGCUAUUACUGCCUCUAAAGCUCUCUCUGUUUGCUGAUCAGACAAAAAUCUUUCGUUUGGAAAACCUAAUCUGUGGCAGUUUAUGUCCAAGAGCUUUUUUUUUUUUUUUUGCACUGGAGUCACACAAAAAGGUUACAGGUAAACCAUGAAUCAUUAACUAUAUCUGUGGUUUUAUGUCUGCAUAAUGUAGUCCUUCUCCAAGAGACUGUUGCAACUCCGCUGUCGAAGGGACAGAUACAGGAAAUCUUUCCUGCCACAAGCUAUUGCACUGUUAAAUAACUCGCAUAUGUCAGACAGGGACUCACACCUGUCUGCUGUAUAGUCCAUUUUUAAAAACUCCUAUCACAUCAGAUUACCGAGCACCUUAAAUUGACUGUAUAUCUAUCAUCCCAUCUGUAAUAUUUCUCAUUCCAUAUUUAUUACUCAUUUCAAUAGCCCACGUUCUUCAUAUCUCACUUUUAUCUCUUAGGAUGUUUAGCAUAUCUAGUCUGUAUUUCUUGUAUAUACUUAGUAUUUUUAUUAUUUUUAGUCUGCAUUGUACUUCCUCUUAUAUUUAAUUUUAUAUUUUCUUUUUGCUGCUAUAACAAGAGAAUUUCCCAGUUUGGGAUCAAUAAAGUAUAUCAAUCUAUCUAUCUAUCAAAAAAAUAUAUAAAAAUAUAUAUAUAUUUAUUUCCUCCAAGUUUAGCACUUCUUCCUCCCCUGUCUCUUCUCUGUUCACACUUUCUCUUCAUUUCUGUCGAAUGAUACUGGCUGUCUCUCCCUCUUCCAGUCAUGCUUGAUACUUUUUUCUACAGCUCUUCACCUAGUGACCAAAGCUCUGCAAUUCUCUGAUGUUGUGGUUCACGACCUUGGUCAGGGUACUAUUCUUCACCUCUCAGCUCCUGUGAUUCAUAAACUUUUGUCAAAACUUCUACUUCCUCUAUCGCCUUCUCUAUUGAAAUUCCUGCCUCUGAACCUGCUUCUUCCUUGUUCUCUCUGUGAUAGUCAUCAAAUGGUUUAUCAUCUCUCCUAUUAUCCCAUAGUCGUCCUAUUUAUCUCAUAUAGUAUGAAAUUCAUUGUCACAUUUGGAGUUAAUCUUACAUUAAAUAGCAUUAUAGGGAGGGCUUUUAAUUCCUAGUUAGCUUUGGUGUUCUCUGCACUUUACUAUGGUUACUUCUUUAAGUUCCAAUAAGAUAUAAUACCAAUCAGUUGGUUCAAAUGUUUAACAGGGAUGCCAGCUGAGGUCAGAAAACCUCUUCUUCUCCAGCGACACUUCUACAUGUACAACUUGCACUUCAUAGACUGUAACAGUUUAGUCACAGUUUUGUCUUUUGAUAGCUGCAUGCUUCUGCAUAGGGAGGAAUUCUUUGGCUGCUGUGUCUCUGGAGGAGUCAAGGUCCUAACUGGCAUUUGAUGUAUCAUUUUAUCAUUUGUGCAGAGAACAGAGACUGUACAGAGAAUUUAACUUGCUAAAAAUUUGCAGUCUGCAUUAAACCUUUCUGCCUUUUUAACUGCCUUUUCUACCUUUAUUUUCUGCAUUAUUAUCAGUAUUAUUAUUAUUAUUAUUAUUAUUAUUAUUAUUAUUAUUAAAGUUGUCUUUACUUAUAGCUUUUUUGUUUAUAGAGACAUGCAGUUUAUUUAAUUGGCUUGUUCUUAGGCUGCCGUCAAACCCAAAUUUGAUUACCCAUAAUUCGAGAAAUUGUAACUUUUCUGGCUUUUUCUCAAAGAUUCUCCAAUCUUGACAUCUUAAUUCUUCUAAUUUAGCCUUACUGGCUUCCGUCCCCAUUUUUAUGUGUUUUGGUCCAGCUUAGGUGACACCUAGGGUGUCCUAUUAAGCUGGGUUCUUUCAAUGGGGUAGUGAUAAAAAUUCCUUAUGUGGUAAUUCUCGCUUCUACUCUUGCGAGUGGAGAAUUCUUGCCUUUGCUUCCACAAUAAGGUCACUACUUACAAUCCCACUGUUUUGGUAUGAAUAGGAUAUAUCUAGUGAUAUAUCUCUAUUCCAAUCACUCUCACACUUUCACAAUCACACUUUUAACACGUGUUUUGCUCUGCAGAAUUUUCUCAAUCAGGCCUUUGUCCACGGCACAACACCGGACCCGCGCGUCUUCCUCGGAAUUUAAACUCAUCUAAGCUGUGUCCGAAUUGGGCCAACGUGUUUAGUAUGUAGGAGUAGGAUCUAGCAGUAGCACGUAGCAGUAGCAUGUAGUAUGCGAGCGGGCAAUUCGGACACAGCACUAGUAGUAGGACUCCGGCAUCCUUCCUCGGAAUUUAAACUAUUUCUAGUAGGACUCCGGCAUCCUUUUUGGUCUUUUAUAAAUUCUCUACGCGAAGCGAAUUUCAGUCAUUCCACGUUUCUUUUUAUAAAAGACCAACUCACCACUUGUCUUUCCCCUUGGCUUCGGAUUUCCGUCAACCGUCGGAUCCCAGCAGGCGGAUCGAGUCCAGUUCCUCAAAGAGGUCUUUAAGACUCAUACUAAAGAGUCUGCCGUGGCCACGGUCUUAUCUGUCGUCCACCUCACCUGCUGGAAUCGUCAGGUCUAUUGGAAUCCGGCUCGAAGGACCAAAGAAAUGUUAGGUCUAAAACCUGCAACAUUUACCUGAUAACAUAUAAAGAAGAGAAAGACAAUGGUAUAUACUCGAGGAGAAUGGACAGAGAUAGCAUCAGGUACCAUCUUGAAACCACUCUGAAAGGUAUUUCCGCCCAUUCUCUUUAUUUAGGGUUGUCCCUGGUUACACAAUGUUUCUAAAGGGUGGGGUAAAAAUAUGUGCAGCAACGUAAGCACUCUCAUAAAACAUAAUAAUGAACAACUGUGAAUAUGUGAAGGUCAAGGCGACAUUUGUUGCAUCUAACGAGCUCCUUCUGAUAAGAGCGUAUCCUCCUCUUAUUUCCACGAUUCACAGCGGAGGAUACGUCACCCACACACACACCUGCUGAUAAGAGAAACGAGGUCACAGAGAAGUUAAGAAACAUUCAUGUGCUGUGUAAUUAAGCUACUGGAGAGAAAAGUUAGAAAACACUCUUAUAUGUGUAACAAGAGGUCAAAACAGUUUAUACUUGUAGUAAACUCUUACAUAAGAAUAUGAGGAAUAAUGAUAACUUCUAUAUACAUUUAUGCACAUUAUUCUAACAGUUAUCAUUUAGACUCAAACUCACACUUGACUUCAACUGUCUGUGGUUGGUGGUAGUUCACUUCAGGUUCAUGUUCUGCUUUAACAUGAUAGUUUGGACUUUUGGACCUGUACUGUAUGAGGUCAUCAUUCUCAGAUGUUAAGUGAGUUUGUGUCUGCUGAUCUACUUAUGUUCUAGCCACAAACUUCACCAAUCUGUGAAGUGCCUUCUAACUGACAGGAAUAUAGACAAUGUAUGCAGGACUGUUUUUGUCGUACCCGAUAAAACCACACUUUUCACAUCUUGGAUCCAGUUUUCUCUUGUCUCGUUGAUAAACAAAACAUUCUGAUUCAAAUUGUUGCAUUCUAGACAAGUUUGGCAGUCUCCCUGUCAACAUUUUGAUUGUUGUCUGCUUGUGUGUUUACUAAAGCAUGUGUUUCUCACCACACCCGCAGUCUGGACAACUUAAUUUCACAAUUGUUUUGGCAAACCAAUUACAAUUAGCAUGCAUGCUGCCCUAAGCAGUGCCACUUUGGUGUGUAGAGUAAGGUGCUGAUGUUGCAUGCCUGAUCCCAUUUUUAAUAAGUAAGGUCUGGUAACCUUUUCCCAUAAAUUCAGUACCAUUGUCAGAUAUAAAGUGUUUAACUUUGCCAUAUGGGGCAGUAUCAGCCAGAAACUUUUCUGUGUCACUUGUUCUUUAAGAAAUGCACAAACACUGCACCUAAAAAAUCAUAAGUAAGUGAAAGUGUAUAUCUAUACCCAUCUCGGGACUCAGGGUGGAUUGGUCCUGCCAAACCUGUGUGAACUAGCUCUAGGGGGAUUUUAGCUCUCACAUCAGGAUCUCUGUUUCAUAAAACACUUCCCCUGAGUGCACACUUCACUAUCAUAGUUACAGUGUCCUCAUAUCUCAUGCCAUGUCUGUAAAUCAUGACACUCUUUACAUUGAUCCUCACAUUCAUCAUCAUUUAUCGCAUGCAAAUAACACGGUAUAUCAUGUACGUGAAUACUGAAUUUUGUACCGUCUUGUAAUUCCUGGAUCUGAACAUUGUUCCCCUUUUUGAAUGUAGCCAUUUGAAUUUAUAAUAAAUGUCCUAGAAUAACAAGAUUAAAUUAUGACAUUUAUGCACUUGUUGAAAGGGGCACCACCCACCCCUACCGGUGGGAAAAAGAAAGAAAACAAGGUUUAAUUAAGUAAUUAAACGUUGAAUCAAUCUUAAACAGAUUUAAAUCAAUCUCACAUCUGAGGCCAGAAUUCUCAUUUCAGGGACUUCACUUCUAGAAAGACCACUAACAGAUGACAACUUAAAAUUAAAUGGAUACUUUAUUGACAAAUGCUAGGUAAUAACAUGAAUUCAAUAAAUGAUGAUAAAAUAAUGAGAAUAAAAGCACAUUUAAUGGAUAAAUCGAGGAAUGGUUUGAAUUGAGCUAAGACUGGAGGUUAAUAAUAGUGGGUGGGUAAGGAAAAAUUUAAUCUUCAUUUACACACUUCAUUUAAACUUUCAGAACUGAAAACCUUCUUGGAUAAGAAGCAAAACGUCUUCUCAACUCUACACAGUCCAGUUGCCUGAUUUUGGAGUCUUCAAGAAAACCAUUUGCAGUUAUUCUCUUCAUUCUGAACCUAAAGAGAGUCGCAGGAAAAACCAGCCACACUGAGAUUUAUGGCUGGAAUCUGUUCAAAGAAUGAGUGCUCUUGAUGCAUUCUUGAGUUGAGUUCUCAUGAUCGCUGGGACAUUCUUAAGGUUGAGGUGUCAACUUUGAGCUAUCCCAGCCAAGGUGAAAGGUUGAAUGUUUAUUCAGUCUGGGGGUCCUGUUGUUAAUCAGCAACUCUGUCUCUUUGAAGUAUAAAAGAUUGACUCUUUGCCUUUUGGGAGAGCACCUCUUGGUUAUUUUCCAGGAGGUUGUAAAAGGCAUCAAUUUGGUGUGGAAAUUCACUCCCCACCUCCUUUUCACAGUGACUAGGUCACUCUGAAUUCCUUUGGGGGUGCUUUAAGGUGAAAAAGCAGUUGUCUGUGCUACAUGAAGAUCACAGUCUCUCCAUUUGCAGUGGCUGCUUUCACAGAAAACAUCUCUUGUGGGUAGAAUGGGAAAUACAAUGCCUGCCUCAGAGUUGUCUUUAGAUGUCUCCCUCUGCUAUUGAUCAGACGGACAUCACCUUUGCGCCUCUGCACGCCCUUGCACCUUGUGCCAUCAGCCAGCUCCACAGAGUGUGUCUCGGCCUGGAACUCAUCAUCAAACCUCUUAAACCUUGUUAGGUCUGUGAUAAUAUGCAAGGUUGUCCUGCAGUCAACCAUCAGGCCCCUCUCAUCGACACCUGCUCUUACAGUGACUACACCACAGUUUGUGCUGGCAGGCUCUGGCCAAGUGUCCCUUCAGGCCACACUUGAAGCACACCACAUCCACCGCUUCAAUCCUCUCAGCUCCCCGGUCACCUGUACUGGCAGCUCUCUCUCUCUGCUGCUGUGUGCGCACCUUUAUUACGCUAUCAUCUAUGGCUGCAACAGCACGCAUCUUUGCUGUGUCCUCAUACUGUUGCUCUGUAGCUUCGUUUUAAACUUGCAAAAAAUAUGGUCUCAACGCGUUGUGUGACAUGGAUCACAAAUGGUAUGAAGGACUCAGGCAGACCUUUCAGAACCGUAGUAGGUCUUUGUCCAGAUCACAUACUUAGUCACACUCUCGCUGUCUAACUUUUAAAGUAAAAUCAGUUCUGUAUAGAGACUCUCUUUUACCUUGAAAGUAGCCUCAAUAUCUUUAGAGCUUCUGUCCUGUCAUCGGCUGCCUCUCACAUCACCAGCAGCAAACUUUUAUCAUCCAGGAACAGGAUUAGCACCGCAUAGGCUUUGGCAUUCAUUCCCACAUCUGCCAGCAGCUCCUCUACGUCAUCAGUUGCUCUGUUAGAAUAGUGUCAUCUAACCCUUCCAAAAGAAAGGUGGCCCAGAGAUCUUGCUCUGUCAAGAUUGUACAGCGGCGACACAGUGCAAACCCAAAACAGCGCUGAACUUUAACGGAGGGAAUAAAAAACGCACUGCAUUACUGCUGCCCUCACACUGCAAUCAGUGACAGCUGAAUGUGCAGGAGAGCUUUUAUUAAACACUCCCACUAUUCAGGUGGUUUGUUUGAGUCACAAAUUACAAAUCAAGUUUGCCCACCAUCAAUAUAAAACACAAAUAAAAAAAUAAUUGAGGGCACCAUUCACCAAUCAGAAAGAGAGAGAGAACUGACUGCAGCACAGUGUGUAACAGAGCUGUGUGUGUGUGUGUGUGUGUGUGUGUGUGUGUGUGUGUGUGUGUGUGUGUGUGUGUGUGUGUGUGUGUGUGUGUGUGUGUGUGUGUUGUAGUAACUCUUAGGUGUGGGUCCAGUGGAAAUUGGAUCAGUUCAAGUCCGAGGACCAGUCUGCCCAGCUGUCUGCAGACCAACCAGACAGGUAACCACUAAUGAAUAACUGUACAUGUAAACAGUGAAAACUGCAGUACACAUGAAACAACAUACAGCAAAAAAUACACCUUUAAGCUGAGUCUUGUCUGUGCUCUGUGACUCCCCUGAUUGUCCUCGAUAUCUUCUGUCUGUCCUCUGUGAUUCUGGUCUAACCUCAGUCUGUCUGUUCUCUGUGUCCUCUAUAUGUCCCUUGUCUGUACCCUGUGGUUUCUCUGAUAUACUGAUCAUGUCCUCAGUCUGUCCUCUGUAAUUCCUUCAUCUGUCCUCUUCAUGUCCUCAGUAUGCCCUAUGUAAUUCCUGUUUAUUCUCUUUAUUACCUCUGUCUGUCCUCUUCAUGUUCUCAGUCUUCCCUAUGUAAUUCCUGUCUAUCCUCUCUAUAACUUCUGUCUGUCCUCUGUGAUUGCUCUGUCUUUCGUCUACAUGUCCUCAGUCUGUCCUCUGUAAUUUCACUGUCUAUGCUCUUUAUAACCUCUUUUUGUCCUCAGUCUUUCCUCUGUAAUUUUUCUGUCCUCUUUGUGUCCUCAGUCUGUCUUCUGUAAUUCCUCUGCCUGUUCUGUUUAUGUCCUCUGUCUGUCCUACCAGAUUCCUGUGACCGUCCUCUGUAUGUCCUAGGUCUGUUCUCUUUAAUUCCUAUGUCUAUCCUCUGUAAUUCCUUAGUCUGUCCUCUGUGAUUCCCUUGCCUGUCUUCUCGACCUCCCUUUUGUCUGUCCUCUGUGAUUCUGUCGUCUGUCCUCUGUCUAGCUUCUUUAUGUCCUCUGUCUGUCCUCUGUAAGUCCUCUGCAUGUUCUCUUUAUGACCUCUGUCUGUCCUCUGUGAUUUCUCUUUCUCUCUGUCUUCUGUGUUUCUUCUGUUGCACUUGUCUGUCCUCUGCGAUUCCUCUUCAUAUCCUCAGUCUGUCCUCCUUAAUUCCUCUGCUUGUCCAUUGUCUAUCUGCCCUCUGUCCGUCUGUCUUCUGUGUCCUCUAUGUGUCCUUUUUCUGCCUUCUGUGAUGUCAAUGCUCGUCCUCUUCAUGACCUCUGUCUUGUCCUUCUCUGUCCAGCUUGUGGUCGGCCAGUUCGUCCUCUCCCAUCACAGGUGAAGCGAAUUGUUGGAGGUCGUAGUGCUGAGCCAGGUCAAUUCCCCUGGCAGGUCCUGCUCAGCGUGAAGGACCUGUCCAGGGUCCCUGAGGACCGCUGGUUUGGCUCUGGGGCCCUGCUAUCUGAGUCCUGGGUCCUCACAGCAGCCCAUGUCCUAAGGUCUCAGAGAAGGGACACCAGUGUUGUCUCCGUGGCCCCUGAACACGUCAAGGUGUGAGGAAGAAGAAUAUAUACCUUACAGUCAGCUCUCUUUAUCUAAGCAUGCUCUGUUAGACUGGAACUCCCAAAGAGUGUCUAUGAUGUUUUUUAAAGAGGCUGUAGAUACACUUCAACUGAGUUGUCCACUUUCACAAGGAUAAUCGGGUUAGACAGUAUGAGUUUAACCAGUGCAACCAGGUUAAGGAUUUUAACCAGGAUUAACCCAACCAUGUGUUCCAGGUGUUUCUUGGUCUCCAUGAUGCUGCAAAUAAGGGCAGAGCCACCACUUGCUUGGUGCAACAGAUAAUCCUCCACCCAGACUUCCAACCAAACAACUACAACAAUGACAUUGCCCUCCUGAAGCUGAUGGAGGGGCUGCAGUUUAAUGCAUUCAUCCGCCCCGUCUGCCUCCCCCCACUUCACACAAAGGUCACAGGACAUCAUACACAUUAUACUGUAAUAUUAAAAAACACAGCAAAGUGUUAUCUGCAGAUGCUUGACAAAAAAAAGCUGGUCUAGACCAGACUUUGUUUACGAAGACCUGGUGUAGAGAUGGGAUCAGACUGAGCUCCAUCCUGUAAAAUCAGACCCACUCCCAAUCCAUCCUUAACCACAGAAGUGAAACACUUCACAGUAUUUAUCAAGUAACAGUGGAGAGGACGAACUUCCUCUAACAGGCAGAAACCUCAGGCAGAACCAGACUCAUGUUAGACAGUCAUCUGCUGAGACUGAACUGGGUUUGGAGAGGGGGGAGAGGGAGAUGGAGAAAGAGAGAGAUGGACAGAGGAAAGACUGAUAGAGGUAGAACGAGAGAGAGAUAGACAGAAGAGAGCUUGAUAGAGGGAGAAAGAGAGAGAUGGUCAGAGGAGCGACUAAUAGAGGGAGAAAGAGAGAGAUGAAAGAGAGAGAUGGACAGAGGAGAGACUGAUGCUCAGUUGAAGCAGCUGACAGAUCCAGAUCCAGAUGAACCUACAGGAUGAUGGGGAUCAGGGACUUUCAGAAAAGACCAACUCUAAUGGAACAUGAUGAUUUAGAGUUUAUGAAUCAGACAGAAAGAGGAUGGAGUAGGAGGAAAGGUGCUCAAUGUACCAGUACCCCCAGCAAUCCAAACCUAAAGCAGCAUAACUAAGAGCUAGUCCAGGCCUGAAACAAAUCUCACUAUAAACUUAAUUUACGAGAAACAUUUUGAGCCUUUGAGACAGGAAAUAGGAAAUGAGACAGGAAAUAUGAGGACAGGAGAUAUAAAUACAUGAUACUUGAAGACGGUGUUGUAGUACUCGAGACCAGGACUCGGACUCAAGUCGAUCCGCUGAACUUGUAACUCGACUCAGACUUGUGCACUGAUGACUCGGACUUGGACUCUAGCUCUGGCUGCAUUCACAUCAAAAUUGUCUAACACAGUCAGUCCAGGUUUACACAGCCAGUAAUUUGGAGUCAAACAGCAGCAUUCCUCAUCCUGAACUCAAUCUUGGCUAUAUUCAUCAUUAUAUUUAAUUCACUAAAAGUUAAAUUCUUAAAGUUCCACUAGGUUCCACUAGUUUCUUGUGUCCUGAUAAGUUGUAAAUGCAGAAAAGAAGUUUUAGGAUUGGCCUUGCAAUGUUUGCAGUAGUGACAUUUCUGGACACAUCAUAUAGAUAAGAGCAUGCUCUGUAACUUUGUAACACAUGUAAUUUUAUUUUUAAUGUGAAAUUGUGCAAAUUUUUUUUUUCACAUACGGUGAUAACCAUUCAAAUUUUUUGCUUUUAUGAGAAAGAUUAUUUGAAAAAGUAUGUCAUAAGCACCCUUAAGUGUUCAUUUAACUGAACCUGGACUCAACUCAGGGGUAGAGGACUCGACUCGGACUCAACUCGUACUAGAGCACUGAGGACUUGAGACUCAACUCGAACUUGAGAUUUGGUGACUCAACUACAACACUGCUUAAAGAUAAAACUAAUGACAAAAUAUUUGAAGACAAAACAUGUGGACAGGACAGGUAGGACAGGUUGAAUUAAAACAGGAUGUAAGAGGACAAGACUUAAAAAAACAGGGUAUGUGACAAGAGAACUUGAGGACAAGUUUUAAGGGCGGUAGAAUGAGGCAAGACACUCCUUGACCAAACAGUAGGGGGACACAGAGGGAUUGGACAUGAGAGAACAAGACUUACAAGGACAGGUAGGUUAAACAGGAGAGGACACAAGGACAGGAAGCCAGUACUUACAAGGAAAGGAUACAAUGACACAAGAACAGGAAGCCAGGACGUAUAGAAUUAGCUAUAAACAAGGAUGAAACAAAAAAUAGGGAAAGUCAAAAAUCUAAGGAAGGUUUAGAUGUAGUCCUGAUGCAAAGUGUGUCCUUACUGUCCGUUUGACCUCUGUCUGUGUUUCAGGGUGACCCUCCCUCUCCCCUCCCUCACUCUCUGGGUGUAGUAGCCGGUUGGGGGAUCUCUAACCUGAACAUCUCCUCUUCCCCCUCUCUGGGAAGCCCUCCCUCUCUGAACUCUGACCUUGGGGCAGCAGUGGUGGACCAAGACGCGACCUCUGAUCUCCUGCAGUACGUGAAAUUGCCAGUGGUCACUCAGAACGAGUGUGAGGCAAGCUAUGCUUCACGCUCUGUAAGUUACAACAUCACUGACAACAUGUUCUGUGCCGGCUACUUCGAGGGGGGGAGGGACACAUGCCUGGGGGAUAGCGGAGGGGCGUUCAUAAUGGAGGAUGUGGUCAGCCAGAGGUGGAUGGUUUUCGGGCUGGUGUCCUGGGGGGGACCGGAGGAGUGCGGCAGUCAGAGGGUGUACGGAGUCUACACCCGUGUGGUCAAAUAUGUGCAGUGGAUACAGCAGCAGCUCCAUGCUGCCCCCUGGUGGUAA